ACCAUCACCCCAGUCACCACAUCACACACGCACACAACACACACACACACACACACACACACACACACACACACACACCAAGAAAGUCCCCCAAAUGCAAAGCCUGCCCUGCUUGUGCUUAUCUCAACUCCCUAGCCUUGGCUACACACACUGGCUAAGUCCCUGCUGGGGAAAGAUGCACCCCUGACUACCUUUUAGCCCAGUUGCCAGUCCCUAGUGCAACAGCAAGGCAGGCACAUUUUGAUGCAUGUGCACGAGUCUAAUCAUCGGUAACUUCACUCCCGUUUAACAACAUUACAUCGUGUGAACAGAAAGUCACAGCUCCGCUCGGUGCUCACUAUACGUUCUGGUCAAUAAUGGUAACAAAAGCAGAGUAUCCCCCUGUUUAGGGAAAAGAAGAAAAGCACAGCCUUUCUGCAACCCUCCCGUUUUGCAAAGCGUUCCCCUUUCCAAGUGUUUCCUCUUUAAUUAUGACCUGUUUCCCCUCCCUCUUCCCCCCGCCCCAGCUUCUGUGAAAGGAGCCCUUCUGUCACUCGUCACUCGCUUGCUCGCUCGCCCGCUCGCUAGCUCGUUCGCUCGCUGUGGGAGGAGCCCGCCAGAGGAAGCCGUGUGCCUGGGAUGCCAAGAACCAGAGAAUGGAUCUGCUCCGAGUGGGCACAUUGCUAAGGAUCCCGGCUUCCCGAGGCGACUGAAAACAAGCAUUUGGUUUCGGCUGCCUGCAGAUACCCGGAGACACAACGAGACCUAAGCGGACCAGAGGAGGGACAGACCGACUGACAGAUAGAUGGUCGGCGCGAACCCUGGAGGACCGGCGGCGGAGGCUGAGCACCGCGAGCCCAGCCGCCGCGCUUGAAGAGAAACUAACUGCACACCCAAGUUGCCCGCCGGCUGCCCGCGCGCUGAGGAAUGAGACCUUUCCAGCUGGAUUUGCUCUUCCUCUGCUUCUUCCUCUUCAGUCAAGACAUACCCAGAGCUAUGUUUCCAUGAUGGUUCUACAUCCUGUCAAGUGCUCAAUCAAGAUUAACCAUUCUGCCCCUGCAGCACCUGAUUCCUUGAAAAUCUGCCACCCUCACUAAGCACCAGCCAGCCUCUCAGACACUUCCCUAUUCUGGUGAGAAUAUCUUCAACUCCACUUUGUAGUUGAGGAACUGGAAUCUCAUUGGGGGUAAUUUAUUUACCCCACAUAUAAAUAAUAGGGGUGAGCCUUCUGUCUCCAGUGGAAAUCUCCCCAGCCUUCUGAGCUCUUCUGAGUCAGCCCAGCAGCAGACAGACUCUUACCUUCCCCAGACUCUGAGUCAGGCUUCAGUGCUCCCAGAGAAUGAAUUUCCUGCAAAUCAAUCCUGGAUGCAGUUAUUAUUUUAUAGGGAUGUUGUAAGUUGAUAAGGAAGCUGUUAUAUGCUAAUAGCUAUUGUAAUGUUGUUCUUAAGGCCUAUUACUUCUGCUGGUUUGUAUUUUAAUGUGUGCAAAGGUGAUUACAACUUUAAUAUGAAUGUUAAACAGAUUAGCUGAUUUAUAUGUAAAAUAAAUAAAUAAAUGGAAACUCAUACUCUCAUUUCUAUUCAUUCCUCUCUCCCUUUCUUUCUUCCCACUCUGUCCAAAAGCUGAUGUGGUCUGUGGGACACUGACAAUGGGACAGAAGGAGAGUGUUUUCUGGGUGAUAAAUAAUGACUAUAGACAGGUCUUUUGUAACUGCAAAAUUCAGACUUUGUGUUCUUAAUAGCUGCUUGUCUGAGGGUUUCUGCUUUUGACAGGAUUUAAGGACUGCACUUUUAUUUGAGCAUUGUGCAGUCUGACCACCCCACCACCAUGAAAUUGUGUUUCCCACUGCUUGCAAUCUGUUGAUUACUUAGCAUACUGGAGAAAGUUUACCAAACUUUCCGGAACACAAUCAUAGCCUACUCUAUCCAGCAGCACAGGACAUAGCCUAAUAAGCAAAUGAGCAGCUCAAGAUAGGCAGGCACUAAGGAAUGAUGUGUGAAGUCACUUUGGUGGGAGCAGACAGUAAGGAUGAUGGCAAGAACUCUUGAGGCAAGGCUCUAAGGAUGAACUGAAGUUAGCUAAGCAAGUGGCCAAGGAGUGAGAUACGAGAGCAUGAAAGGAACAUUUGGAAUAUCAUGUACUGGAAUCUGGAAGCAGGAGAGGAUGCAACCUAUUGAAGAGGCAAGAAGGAGUUUGUUGUGUCUCUGCUAAGGGACCUGAAGGUCAUUGGCAGCACCAGGAUUUAACGGAUUGUGCUUCCUGGGAAAGUAAUAAUGUCCUGGAUAGAUGGAAAAGGAAGCCUUGCAAGGUCACUUGCAGGCUUCUUUCUAGAGGGUCAUUGCUGCAAAGGACCAAGAAGAGGUUGUUGGCAGAGAUUACAUAGGUAAUGAUAGAAGGAUCCUAACUAACAGUGCUUUAAACUGAUGUUUGAAGAGGAAGGAGAAAGACACGCCCACCUUACUGGAAAAGAUAUGACACACACCUAAGUGGAGGAAGAAGUAUAUGUGACCUUCCAAGAAAGCGUUAGAGAAGACGGUCAGAAGCAAUCCUGAAAGAACCGCAUGAUUUAUUGCCUAGCCCUGGUGAAUAAUAAUAAAUUAAUGUAGUAUGAAAGUCUACUGCUGCAGAAUGUCAGCUGCAGUUACCUGGACCUGAUGUCUGAGUUGGUAGGAGGCACUUCCCAGUGGGCCACAGUGUUGGCAAAGAUGUUUGUCCAUAGGCAUAUCAGAGCAGCAUAAUCCCAGGACAGAAUUCCCACAGGGUGGGAUGUAUCACGGGGAGAAGCUGAGCGAACACACACACACACACACACAAGAAUGGGGGGUAGAAUUGAAGUCUUAGACUUUGCUAAUCCAAAACAUCAAUUGGCCUCAGGAGCUAGUUACAGCAGGGAGGUCCUUGGCUCUUUGGAUGUGGGCUGGAAGGCUCAUCCCGUUAACACAGAAUUCCUGACAUAUUUUUUAAUUGCCUGAUAGGCAGCUUGAUGGCUCAGAAAGUUGGGGGGAAAAUCAAUGAGAGACUCUGUUACUCUGGGCUUAAGUCUAACUCUUUUUCACUUUUCCAACAAAUAUUUAUCGAACACCCAAUAUGUGCCAGGCAUCAUGCCAGCAAGGCAUAAACCUCUUCACAGACUUUGACAGGCAUUUAUUUAAUAGACACUUGAGAGAUGUGUGUUGAAAGAAUGUAGGGAUAAAUGAAUAAAUAUUCAGAGACCCUUAGAAAACACAUUAUAACUCUAGGAAUUUGUAAUUUUUAAAAACAAGGUACUGGGUGUGGUAAGCUACCUGUCCUAGUUUUGGGACCAUCAUGAGAGUCCACAGAAAAGGACAAAUAAAAUUUAUAAAAAGGGUGGGGGUGACAUAAGGGGAAAAUUCUCUAGCAACAAGGCAAGUUCAAAAACUAAAGCCUGUUUAGAUGGUACCAUAAAAAUGAUUCUGAAGUAGAAGGUAAAAGUGUGGCCUCUAGAGAAACCAAUAUGGCUGCUCGGAUCCCCAGGAGCUACAAGCACAGAGGAGGAAAGACAAGCACCUAGCAACAGGUGAGGACAAAAGAGGAGCAGGUGCCUGUGACAAUGGUGCUAAGUGACAGGAAGAACCGGAAUGAGGUGAAGCUAGCAGAAGAAAUUAAAAAGGGGAGAGGAGGAUUAUGGGAAGUGCUGAAAGGGAAAUUUUUAGGUCCCAAGAACAAAUUAACAGAGAGAGAGAGAGAGAGAGAGAGAGAGAGAGAGAGAGAGAGAGAGCAGCCUCCCCUCAGUUCAAACCAGUUAUAAAGAGUACCUCGUCAUCUCCUUUGCUCGGGAUUUGUUUUGUUUCCUACAUAUUACACACACACACACACACACACACACACACACACACACACACAUUCUGAUAAAAACAAUAACUGUUUUUUAACUAAAAAAAAAUGUUUUCAAUUAAAACAAAAAAUCUGAGGACUAGACCGGAUGAGAUUAACUCCCAGGAUCUUGAAACAAUUUAAAGACAUGAUCUUAGAAUUAAUGGAGUCUGAAAAAAUGCUGUGAUGUUUUCUUUGAAGUACAAGUAACUAAAGCCGGGCAGUGGUGGCACACUCCUUUAAUCCCAGUACUUGGGAGGCAGAGGCAGGCAGAUCACUGUGAGGUAGAGGACAGCCUGGUCCAUAAAGUGAGUUCCAAGAUAGCCAGGGAGGUUACACAGAGAAAUCCUGACUGGAAAACAAACAAACAGAAGGACAGACAAAAGAAACUAAAGGACAGUAGACAAGUACACAGCUUCAGGAGAGGGCUCUGUAAGAGAAGUCUUAGAUGGUUUGCAACUCCCCAGAAAAUUAUCUGUGAGCACUGGAAGCUACCCUUGACUCAGGAGGAAUUAACAUCAUCUUAUAAAGAAAAAAAAACAUAUCAUUAUAAUUUCAUAAUCUACCUCCGCUUUGUGAUAUUGUACUACUCUCAAAUUUGAUGUACACAUCUUCUGUCAAGUGUAUUUCAGAGUCCUAAUGGAGGGUAGGGGGAGUUAUUCAGCAGAAAUCUUAACAGCGGCCAAUGGUGUGACCUAGUUACACCCUGUUUGACGUCCUCUAUAGCAGGUAGUGCAUUCAUACCGAAGAUGCUCGCAGUCUGUGGUGCCCUCUGCUCCUGAGCUCACAGCUGGAGUAGCAGCGUUCCACUCUGAGAGUAAGAUCUUAGAGUGUCAAUUACAAAUGAGGACAACCUGGGAAUUAGGUCACAUGGGGAGAAAUGGAAGAAGUGGGGAUUCAUUCAGCAGCAAAGACAAGAUAUAAGCCUCCUCCCCCAGAUUUUGAGGAACCAGUUGGGUUAUUUGUUUAAACUGAGGAUUCCAGGGGCUACAACUAUGGAGGCCCGGAAUCAAUAAUUUCAGGAGGAACCGAGGACAUUGUACUGGAAGAAAUGUCCCAGGGAUUCUCAUAGCAAUGGUGCAAGGACUGGGUACUUAGAAACACUUCUUUAGAAGAAAGCUGAAUAAUUAUCCAGCCAUCUAAACCUUGAUUCCCCAUGUAGCUAAGAGGACAUAUACUUCAUCCACAAAUCCUGAACUCAACCAUUUUCUGCUAGAGGAUGGGAACUCUGCAUUUCACUUCUAUAUCCUGUAAUUCCAAAUACACUGUGUGUGUGUGUGUGUGUGUGUGUGUGUGUGUGUGUGUGUGUGUGUGUAACACAGUAGGUGGCCAGUGAAAGUCAGUCUGGUGAAAGGACAAGAAGGUCAGAGAAGGAAGCCAGCAGAAACAAAGACUUCCUAAAGAUGCUGCAGGCCGCCUUGUUAGGCAGCCAGUCUGCCAUGCAUGUCAUUCGUCUUCUUGGGGAGAUUGGAUAAUAAGGUGGCGGAAAUGGCAGAAAGGAGCUUGCUUUCUGGAAGAGAGGUUCAGGGAAGGUGACCUUCAGGACAUUACACAUUCUUAAAACUCAGCCGAAGACACACAAAUAUAUUGAAAAGCUCUUCGGCUGCAGUCCGGAGGUAAUAGAGCUAAAGAGACAUGGAAGGAAAAGGAUAAUGGAGAUGAGUGAGUGCUAUGGAAAAGGACAUGGGACAAAUGUCAGAACACAGAGAGAUGUUCAUGUAGGAGGAAGCCCGUAUACAGAGCUGCUUAGGAUUUACUGAAGUGUGUCACAUUAUCUGACAUUCCAUCCAGUCGCACACGUGUAUUAAGGACCCACCCUGAACAGAAGGAAGCAGAGGAUGACUUUUCCUGUCCCCCCAGAAGAUCAUGAGUCUCAUUCUUCUAGUUAGGAGAAGUGUGAGAGUAUCACAGGGUGAGACAUUACCUGUCAAGUGUAUCACUACAUUCCCAAUGCUUUGAAUAUAGCCCAGUGCAACAGCAGGGCUGGCUCUCCAUAAGUAUAUGAGCUAGCACGGGAGUGAAAGUGAGAAAUUAACAUGAAUAGAGGCCCUCCUUGCUAGAUACAACAAUACAAACUUUGUAUAUUUGUUAUUUUUAAUUCUUCUAAACUCUGAAAAUGUACCAGUAUUCUUAUUUACAGAUGUUUAAGCAGAAAUGCUGUUAGGUCAUUAGCCCAAAGUCAUAAACACUCAUAAAUGGCAAAAGCCAAGGUUUUUAUUUUUUAAACCAUAAUUAUCUACCUCCUAAGUCCACACCAUUUCUACAACACACUAACGUCAAUAGCUCCAUUUCGAGACAGCUCUCUUAUUUAAGAUCAAGGGGUGAAAUGACUUCCUCAAGGCUAACUUGUCAUAGCUUGUAACAGAUUAGGGUCUAGACCCAAGUUUUGAGGAGGGAAUUAAGCAGCAGCCUGUACCCUUCAGCACAUCACAGUUGUUGACCAUGGCCACCCAGUGACUAGUCUCUGCUGACCCUCCCACUCUGAUUAUCCACAAGGAAGGUCAUGUUCCGUGAAUAACUCUGGAUAACUCUAUAUAGCUCUGUAUAACUGAAUGAUGGCACCUGAGACUAGGUCAAUGUUUGCUUGGUCAGUUAGACAGAUGCUCUCAGUGACACUAAAGCCCUCACAAGACCCCUCUGCUAUGAAAAUGAGCAAAGUUGUAUACCAUAGGACACUCAGCCUGCUACUCAGAAGUCUAUGGCUAAGAUGUAGAUUGACCCCAACAUUCAAUUUCCAUUCUCCUUAUUUGUUCUUUUUCCAAACUUAAAUGUGACAAAUAAGAAUAAGUUCUAAGUUGUAUGCUCAAUUGUUCUCCACUCUCUCUGUGUUAAACAAUGCCUGUAGUUAAAGAAAUACAAUUCCCAUUGGCUUUGGCUGGUGCCCUGCUUCAAUGGAAGGUCAAGGAGAAUUUAAGGCUAUCGACACAAUCAGAGCAGAGUAUUCUGUCUUCUUUUCCUGUCAGCUUUUAUGAGGAUGUUGGAGGAAAAUGAAAAAGAGGCUGUUUUCUUAAGUCCUUGUAGUUGUUUGUAGCUCUGCACCACAACAUUGCUCGCAGUAAGGAGAGGAUGAAAUAUACAAUGGGAAGAAAAGGGGUGUGUUCAUAUGGUGUGAAUGCACUCGGGUGGGUGGACACUACGUCAACCAGAGACCUGAAUGGCAAGCAACAAAAUCUGUCUGGCUGAUAUAAAUGGAAAUUGAUAUUGUGCAAACCACAGAAUUGCUGAAGGACCAGGCUCUGGGUUGGUUUAAUGGUAUUUUAAACAAUUGUCAGGACAGUUUCUGCCAGCUGACUCAGGCACUGGCCUUGUCUUAGCCACCAGUACUGCUAGUAGAGAUGCUCUUACCAGUAUCUCUCUCUUCUUAGCAUUGCACACUGAAUGGAUGUGUCUGGGAAGCAGGGAAAAUUAACAGGAAAUUUUCAGCUUCUACAUAGAGUAAAAAGAAGCUUGCAUCACACCAAGACUAAUAGACUGCAGGGUUUCUUCCAUGUGUCAGAAGAAUUACUACUGUUGAACAGUCAAGAGGAAUAAUGAACGUCCACCAUUAGCACACCAGGAGGACUUAGUAUCUGUAAGAGAGUUUGGUAUGGAUAGGACCCUUGUCUUCUCUGUGCCAGCCUUUCUGCCCAAUCACCAGAUCAGAGAAGGAGGUGCUUAUUUUAUUAUACCUGGGGUAUUUUUAAGUGAAAAAACAAACAAACAAACAAACAAGUGCCAAGGCAUCAUAUCCACCAGCUCAGUUUGAGUUCUCAACUCCAGAUGAGAGAAGCCGGAGGGAUUUCCGUGUCACUUGUGUGCCACUUCUGCAGCAGAGGCUGCGAACACAAGCUGGAGGAAGGGUUGUGGAAUUACAUCACCAUUAAUCUGUCUGUCUCAGGCUGAUUGAGUCUCUGACUUUUCUCUGACCUCACUGAGUUCAGUUGUUGGCCAAGCUGUCUGUAGCAGGUACUCAGCCCAAAUCGCCUGCUGCAGGCAUGUUUGGAAAUUCCUUGCAAAGGAGGCAUUAGAAUCAUUAAAAACAAAAGACGUGGGCCGGGGAGAUACUUCAGCUGUUGAAGCAUUUCCCCAGGACCUAUGUAAAAACGUCCGGGUAGGGUGGUAUAUGUGUAUAAUCUCAGUACUGGAAAGGUGGACACAGGUAGAAUCGUAAGGCUUUCUGUCUAUCUGAACUAAUCAGCUUGGCAGCUUCUAGGCCACCGAGAGACUCUAUUUUAAAUAUGUAACCAAAAAGGUAGACAACAUCUGAAGAAUGAUAUCCAAGAUUGUCCUCUGGCCUACACCCACACGCACACAUACACACACACCUACACGCAUAUGAACAUACGCAUACUGCACACACAAUUAAUUAAAGACACCUAGGAUACUCAUGGUGUAAGUUGCUCAACCUUUGUUUGGCAUGCUGACAUGUGACAAGUGCCUUCCCUUAUGAGCAGAAUUGCUCUGGCUCCUUUCUAAAUAACUCCCUUCCUUAUGGCAAUGCAAUCCUACUUUUAUGUUACAGACCUCAGUGAAAGACACAAUGGUGCCAAAGGUUAAAUGACAGUCUGGGGGAAAAGUACCCAGAAGAGAACAUAAAACCCUGUCCAGCUCCCAUCAGCUCCUACAUGUCUCAUUUUCACACCUAAUUGUUAUCACUUGAGAAUUUUCAAUCAAUUUGUAGUGAUUGCAAUCGUUCAGAUAGGAAUCAGUAUUGCGAGGUUACAGCGAGGAAAACUGGGGCACCGGAAGCUGCCUCAGCAAGCUGUCCUCUCUCAAAAAUCAGACACGUAUCUUAAUGAUUUCCCACGAACGGCUUAACCUUCAAAACAUUGCACUUCUUAAUGUUUAUUCAGUUUUGCUUCUGGAAUUUAUCUCACUAGAAGUGUAAAUAUUUUUUUUCCCAUUCACAAAUAGUCAAAAGCCACCUAAACGAAAAUCUGCUCUUUAAAAGAAGAUGACAAUCAGGAGCCACUGAGGGUAACAAGUGCCUAUGCUAUGUGGUGUAGGUAACAAGGAAAAUUAAGCAUGAUGUUCAGUGAGUAUGUGGAAUCCCACAGGCAGUGGGACCCUUUGGCAGCAGAGAGCUGACCUCACUGGACUGAAAGCAGCAUGAGGGUCUACAGCAAGGACACCAUGAAUUUCUGACUGUGGUUUCCUCCAACCGUAGACAUCUGGUGGCCAAUGGACCACUCCAAAGCCCCUCUUGCAGAGUUCCUAAGGCUCCUUGGUUGCCACUCUGGAACCCAGAAAGCAUCGUUUGCAUAGCAGCAAUGGGCCCCUUUGCCACUUCACGUAAUUAUAUCUAAUCAGGGAUAUGGUCAGAACAUUCUAUAUUUGUCAUUUUACAAAUCAGAGAAAACAGUCCAGUCCCACCAUCAGCGAACUUGGUGACAAUCCAGCAAUUGAAUGGGCAAAGGAAAAAAAAAAUCAAACUUUUCUGGAGUUUGAUACCUAAAGAAAAUAUCACGUAUUUAGAUGAGAAGAUGUCUGUACUACUACGAGGACUUUUCUAGACUCUGUGGGGGUAGAGAAGACUAAGCAUGUCCUUUGGGAUAGAAGGAAGGAUACAGAUUUUUACUACUGGUUGCUUCAUGUUUGAUUGUGUUCCAAACCUAUAGCUUGCAACUAGCUGACAGAGUUGUAUUCUGUAACCUCAGACUUACUUGUGAGUAGUCAUCAGAGUUAUGGUCCAAUAAGGCGAGCAGGAGAGAGCAAAAGGCUGAAAAUCCCCCACAACCCUCAGUUACAUUAACAGGGUGUGAGCACCAGAAAGCAGAGUGUCUGGAGUUACCUUGUUAACGAAUGCUGGAAAUCUUGAAGAGGGAAUUUUUUUCCCUAAGAGACUUAGGUGGUGUCAAGAAGACUGCAUUCCUCACUUAUACCUGUAGACAGCAGUGCCAACAUAGAGCACUGUGGCUGUUCUGUGCCUGGUGCAGGGUGUUGAGGGUGGUGGGUGGGGAAAGGAUUAACGGUGCCAAGUGCUGUUUGCUUGCAUUAUGCUAUCAUAAACCACCAAGUGGAAUCUCUCUCGUUUAUCACAUCAAUAAAAAAGUGUUGAUAUCUCCUUAUUGGCUUUGUGGGGCUCCCUGCCAUAUUGGCUUUGCUGGAACUGCCUGCCCAUCAAUGCACAGACCCAGCACCUGGUGAUGACUCACAGAAUGGAGACAGCAGGGUAAGGAGGAACAAACACUAGGAAACCCUAAACUGCCUGCUACCUCUCCACUAUGUCAGAACCUGGGAGGCAUCCAUCUCUUACUCAGAAGCGUCACAAGCACAAGCUGUAUGCGCCAAGUGUCUCCCUGGUUAUGCUCCACGGAUGGGCCUGCUAUUGACAAUGAUGGCACAAGGAACAUCGUGAAAUCACAUUAGCUCGGGGAGCUAUUUUUUUUCUUACCUGACUUUCUUACCUGACUUCAUUUGUCCUCCAACAUGCCACCUGUAGGUGUUUCUUGUGUCUCUAGGAGCCCACUUGAUUUGCACAAACGGGGGCGGGGCUCUGUUACCCUCCCUUGCCUGGAUCCUGUUAGCACCUCUGUAACUCCUGCCUCUAGUCACACAUGCCCAGUUCUCCAAGCUCUGCUUGGCUUCCCCAUGUAGUUUUCUGUCUCUCCCCUGGAAUUCCUCUGCUGGUCCACCUUAUCUCUAUGUUACCUGUACUUGCCACAGCCACAGACCUGACCAAACAGAAACACGCACACGCACACGCACACGCACACACCAAUGGAAGUAGGAGUGAGGCAGAAGACAGAAGCUCUCCCCACAGAUAGCCCCCUUCCGAGGAUGAACAACAGCCCUGAAACCUGCCUUAUCACUCCUGGUAGCUACAGAAGACAUCUGUUGCAUUUUACAACUCCCAACUCCUCACUUCUUAUCCCCCAAACUUCGUUGUUGUUGUUGUUGUUGUUAUUUUCUUCACUGAAAGUGCCUGUGAGAGCUAGGUGGUGGUGCCACAGGUCUUUGAUCCCAGCAUUCGGAAGCAGAGGUAGGCAGAGGCCAACUUGGUCUACCCAUUGACUUCCAGGGCUACAUGGAGAAAGCUUGUCUCAAAAAACAAAACAAAACAAAACAACAACUAAAAACAACCAAAGAUAAAAAGCACCUGCAGGCACCUGAGCACCUCCCUUCUGUGAUCUACUCAAGGCUAAAGCAGGGUUUCAGAUUCUCUGAAGGGCCUGACAGAAAUAUCUGAAAGGGGUUGUCAGAUAAGGGAAUCAAAUGUGAGAGGUACAGUCUCUUUCCCAGUAUCACACAGCAAACCUGAUGUCAGACUAGGAAUGGGAACUUCUGUGUUCUGCCUCACACCUACUUCCAUUAUAAUAUCCUCUCUCUCUAUCUCUCUCUCUCUCUCUCUCUCUCUCUCUCUCUCUCUCUCUCUCUCUCUCUCUCUCUCUGUGUGUGUGUGUGUGUGUGUGUGUGUGUGUGUGUAUGUGUAGUCCCUGGUUUGGAACCUCCUCUGAGAGCCCAACUCCAGGAAUACAUGACGUAAGGGGGGCAGUGUAAUUGAUGGGCUAAAUAAACGUAGACUGCCAUGACUUCAUCUGAGAGACUUUCUUCGGGAGGGGUUUUACGAGUUUGAUGGGCCGCUUGUAAACAGCCAUGAUUUGAAUAGUUUCCCCAGCACACUGUUAACAUUUAUAUGUGCCCCAUUUCAUCUGUAAUCUGCUUUUACAAGGCGCUGGCGAGCCUUUGAUGGCAGCAGCGAAUGACCCAGGCGGCUUCCUCCCACAUGUUCAAACUGGGAAGAAAAUUUGGGAGAAUCUAAGGUUCUCAUCUCUGUAAACAACCCGAACCCAUCGACUGAAAUUGCCCAUCUCCAUCCAGACGCGUGAACUUCCCCUUCUUCUGCUCCUUCCCACUCUCUCCCUUUCGUGUUUGCCUUUCCCCGGCUCUGGUUAUUACCCACAUCUGGAGUACGGCAGCUGCCCUGUAAUGUGCAAGCUGCGGUAUGUAAUUUGGAGAACUUGAAUACAAAUAUCUGUUAAUUAAAAAAAAUACAGAAGCGUGUUUGUCAGCUUGUAAUUAUGUAAAGAGGAGCACAAACUCCCAAACUAAUUUAAAAAAAAAAAAAACACGAAAAUAACUUUACCAGCGGCUUCACAAAAGAUUCCAUGGCUCUAGACAUGACUACUCACUUUCUUCAGAGUACACCAAAGUCCUUUGCAGAUGCCUGGGAACUGUCCUUUAAGGGUGGCUGGUUGGGUUAGUACCGUAAGUAGGAAGACAGGAUUGGGGUGGCAGGUUUGUGACCUGAUUCUCUUAUACACCGUCUUAGGCUAAGAGUGGCAUAGGGCUUUCCCAAGCACUGUUGUCAUGGUUGGGUAACUGUCAUGAAAAGUGGAGGAGAGGUAGCCUAUUCGCUCUCUUCCACUACAUGUCAGUAGUACCCACUCCCGCCUUAGUUGUGACAUACAGAAAUGCCUCGUGGGGCUAAGUUGCCUCCAGAUGAGAACCCCUGUCAUUUUUAUUUGCUGUAUAAUAUGCAUGGGUGUAAGUGGACAUUUUCUCAUUCCGAGUUUAUAACCCUGGCUGGGCACUGGCUGUUUUCCAUGUUUGUCUCCUCAUCCCCCACACGGAUGUGACAAGUCCCAGGAUGACAUUUCACAGGGUUGCCAUGAAGAGGAAAUAAGAUGUGGAAGGUUUUCAAGCUCAGGAAAGGACAUUUGGAAGGUAAGGUUUUAUUAUGGUUAUUGUUGCAAGAUGGCCUCCUGGGAAGCAGCCUGGCACCUUCGACCUUGGUAGCACAGUGCUCUCUAACUCCCUAGAGGCAGUCGGAACUACCAUUGCACAUAGUAAAAGAGCACAGUGCAAAGGCAUGCUGCAGAGGAAAAGCCAAGGGAUCAGAAAUGGUCUACAGACACAAAGGACAAGGCUGAGUGAGGGGCUCAGCCUUCCCUCCAGGGACACAGGGUAUCCAAGCUACUCUGCUACUAUUAACUAUUAUAAAAUCCAGGCUCACGGUUCAUCAAUUUUUCUAGCCUUUUUACUGCAUCAAAAUUUCACAUUGUAUCCAAAAAUACAAAUUAUUACUAUUGUUUACUUUUAUUACUUAUAAAUUAAAAAAAAUUUAGGGGCUAGACAGAUGGCUGAUCAGUUAGGAGCACUGGCUGCUCUUCAAGAGGACCUGGAUUUUGUUCCCAGCUCCACAUGGUGGAUCACAACCAUCUGUGACUCCAAUUCCAGGAGAUCUCCAUGCCCUUAGGUGUGGAAACGUAUCCUUAGGCAGGCAAGACACCUAUAUACAUAAAAAUAAAAUAGUAUUUUUAUGAAAGAGUAAAGAAGUUAGCUGUCUGGGGAGGUAGAUGACAGAGAAAAUAACUUUUCAAUAAUCUUCUAGCUCUAGAAUCCUAGAGUUUCAAGUCACAUCCGGCCCUUAGCUAAUUAGAUUUUGAUGCUCAGCAUUCAUUACUAAUCAUAGCUAUCAUUUUCAAGGACUCUUCUCUUCUAUCCUACGUUCUGUAAGUUGAUCAUGUCUCAUUGCUUAUCUCAAUCUUCCCUACAGUUCUAUAAACUAUGUAUGAACCCAUUUUACUAAGGGGAAAGCUGAGGCACACAUAGUAACCUGCCUCAGAGAAAAUUGGACAGCAUGUCAGCAAAGCAUAAAAAGGGAAGGAUUUGAGGCUUGUCUCUAGACUCAGAUGUUCCAGGGCCAUGGAGAGCUGCCCCACCUCACCAGUGUGUCCUACAGCCUUUGGGUUGCCAUUUAGGGGAGACGGAGCUCUCCUGUUAGGUCUGACCCUUGCUCCACAAUAACUCAGCCUCAAGUGUGAAGCCAAGAGGUUUAUGACAGUUUGGGAGAUUUCCACAGUGUAGACAAUAAAAAAUAAAGAGAGGCAGGCGAAGCUGACGGCUGAGUGUUGCACAUACAAUCAAUACACCCAAGAUAACAAUUUCUGCAGAAGAGCGCCUCGCUUAUUCAGGUCCCCAGGAGACAUACACCACUCUGACAGUCACAGAAAUCCUGACUUGAUACAGAUCUUUCAUCUCCAGCCUGCUUCCCAGCUUUUUCAUUUUACAUUAUUAAAUAUUAAACCCUGUAAACAGGUUCAUUUGGCUGUACCUUGCUGUCAGUCAUAAGUACUUCAAGUGAUGCUGGCUUCACUUGCUUCCCUGGGCAACCAAUACAAGCUCCAAAUCCUACUGUAGGAUGAAACAAGGUCCUACCAAAGGAAAGUGGGCUGGGGCUCCUAAACCCCUUUUCAGAUCCUGUCAUUGGCUCUGCAGUUACAUCGUCCAAGUCAAAUUAUUUCUUUUGAAAGUGAACAGGAUAGUCAUGCUAUUAAGAUUAUCCCUUCCCUACAUCAGAUUUAAAGGCCAUUGAAAUAAUUUUUAAAAUUCUCAAAUACUGAAAGGUGAGCCUUAUCCACUUAGGACUAGUGUGUGAAUAAACUACACAUCUCAGCCCCCACCUUGAUACCCAGAACACAUCCAAUUCUUCCUCCCUUCCCCUCUAUGGUUUGCCGUUUUUCUGGAAUUGCUCAUUAUUUCCUAAUAUUGAAUAUACAAAAGGGGAAGAAAAACCAUAAUUACACCAGCAUGAUACAUGGGGAAAUAAUGUAUUCUGAAGUCAAAAGGAAAUAAGAUCAUUGAGCCCGCUGAUGUUUUGAUGGUCCAGGGCUCUGUCCUCUCCAGUAGCAAAGAUAACGGAAACUAGAAGGAAGCAUAAUUGCAUCGAUGCAUCCAGCUGUGGAUGACUUUAUGGCUUUUAUUUCAAAAUGUUUCUGAGUCUCAGCACUCCAGGACCCCACAGUGAAAGACAUGGAAUUCCUCAGUAUCGGAAUCCAGUAACCAUUGUUCAAAGAGAACAAUGGACCAGGAACUGUUUCCUCCCAGUGACUUUGACCUUACCAACUAUGUGCUGUCACUUAAGAGUGAAGUGCUAAUAUUCAAAAGUAAAAACUAUGCUGCAUGAACACUCAAAUCAUCCCCCUGAAUAAUCAAUACAGUUGACCAGCCCAAGUAGGUCUGUUGACAAUGGGAAAUAAAUUAAUAUCUCAAUCAAGUGAGUUUAUCAUUUUGCCAGGGAAUUUGAUCAAGACACUCUCUUGCUAGAUCUUUAUUAGCUUCACUGGGAGCCCACCCCAAAGCAUCUUUUUGGUGUACGCUGUGAUUCCUGUGGACUGGGCAAAAUUAUUAACCUUUGCUUAAUUCCUAGAAUCCAGAUGUUGAGUCGGGAGAGCAACACUUUUACACAUCUGGCAAAGGGUGAUACAUUUUCAAUAAGGGUUUGGAAAGGACUUUGAACAUGAAGUGCUUAUAUUAAUAUUGCUUUUCAAUGCCCUAGCCAAGUCUAGCAAAAUGAUAUCUUAAUCUAUGUCAUGGCUAGUUCAUUCUGGAACUGAGCCUAUUGUAUACAGAUUUCAGUGUGGGGGUCAUUGUGAAGAUUUCUUUGCUUUGGGGCAAAUAUUGACCUCCUGAGUAUCCAUCAAUAUUUACCUUUUGAGUCAAUAAAUCUGUGUUGACCUUGAUAAAAAAGUCAACAUUUCCACCAAAUCUCAGGGUCUUCCUCAUCUGUACAGCCUGAUACUGAGUCUUCCCCUUAACUCUGUUCUAAUAAAUCCUUAUUUACAAGAGUUAUGACACAGCUGUUGGCAGGCCCUCAGGGGUGAAGCUGCAAAGUGUAUCCCUAGGCACUGGCGUAAAAAAAAAAACGCUGAAGUAAGACUAUCAUAGUGCUUCUAAGAAAACUUCUCUCCCUGUGUUCUUGUACUUUUUCCCCCCAGGAAGUGGCCUUCUUGAAGUCUCUUUCUACUCACCAUAGCAUAAAAUGCCAAGUAGGUAAACUGCGAACAGAGUCAAGAAAGAGGUGCUGCCCAACUUUGUGUCUGUCUGUAGAAAUCAGCCAUUGAACCCUAAUCUGGCCAUGCUGGAAUCAUCAGUAAUGUUUUCUCAUAGCUAGACCAUGCAUGAUGGUUCCAAACCACAGAUAUCAAAUGGUUCUGCUGGCUUAAAGGACAAUUGUAUCACUUGACAAUUAUUUGCUGAUUGAAUGGUUAUUGAGAAACUACUGUCUGUCUGAUUUUGAAGUGCAUUACUUUCUUUUUGAACAAAUGAAAUUCUCUUCUCUCUCUCUAGAAUCCUAUCUCAGUCCAGCAUACUUGCUAGGAGUUGAGAAUCUAAAAAGGCAGAGUCAGGCUCCUAGUCCCAAGUGAACAUCCUAUAUUAGGUAGACACAGUUAAGUGGCAUAUUCAUUUUUUCUGUAUCUCUACACAUGUUAAAUGUUAUACAUAGGCUACUUUCAUAUGCACAACGACAGGUUGGGAAGUUCCCCAUGUGAGUCAUUUCCAGCCAUCUGCAAACAUAUUAUAGGCAACACAUUGAUUGUGGCUACCAGAGGCCAAUCAGGGAAGUUGUCCUGUUUGAAAAUAUAAGAAACUUGCACCCAAUGGUGGGAACUACCCAUGUUAGGGGACAUAUGGGGAAGAAAAGGGACAAGGACAAUCGGGAAAUGCCAAAUCAAUAGCACAGCUGCUGUGUUCAUCAUGUUUUGUCUUUGGGGUUUGAAUUUAAUUGCUCUCCAUAUAGAUUCUAGUAGAAAGAAUAGUUCAUCACAAAACAUUUUGCUUAGAAAUGUUGCACGGAUAAACAGAUUUCUAGAAUAAAUGUAUGUAAAACUCAAAACCCUGUCCAACAUGUCUUUAUGAUAAAUGAGACUUUUUAUGCAUUUCCCAUUGAUUUAUCUGCUUUUAAUAGGUCCAUUUGCAAGCAACAGUGCAUCCAAACCUUCAAAGAUGUGUGUGUGUGUGUGUGUGUGUGUGUGUGUGUGUGUGUGUGUGUGUUUCUGUUGGGUGAAGGAUGAUAAAGAGAAGGCUAGCACUUAAUUUAUUUCAGGAAACUGUUAGAAGGCUGACUCUCUCCAACAACUUCCUAUUAUUUUAUCAGCAUUAUCAGCAAUUCAAGCCAUAAAAACCCAUUUUUCAUUUGCUUAGAUAUUUCCAAACAGUUUGGAAGAAGAAGAAAAAAACAUUCACUGAUAAGAUGAAAAGGAAGUGGCUGGCUCUAGAUCGACACUCGAGUUGGGUCCACUCUGUCUGCUUCAUUGUCAGCUUUCUGAGCACAUUUUGCAGGGCAUUGUGGGCUACAUCCUUCCUAUCCCACAGCCAACUCAGCAGUUCUAGCUCUGAACUGUUGGCAGCUGCCUGGAACUACCAUUCCAAUCAAAUCCAUCUUGAUGACUUAGAUUAAUUGAGCUUCAGGAGUUUUGCUCUGUUCUGGUCCUUUGACCCAAAGCCUUGAGAUACUAGAAAAUGAGUGAUCUGACAGAGAAGAACUUAAAUAUACCCGUGGGACUCCUUAGAAAGACUGGGCUUGCCUCAGUCCUUGGCUGGAUUUCUGAAGACAACAAAGAAAACGCAAAACCAGACAAACAAACUGACAAAACCUCUUCCAACCGUUCAUCCUGGCCCACAGGGGGUUGUUAGAUGCUAGCUACCCUGCUUUGUAGAGGCUUGUUUGUUUCUGUUUUCCUCACUUCAAAUUUAAUCAAGAAGAAAUUGCCUUAUUUCUUUAAAAAAACAAAAAAAAAAAAACAAAAAAACUUCUGUUUGUCUUCUGAGUCCAGCUAAGGUUUUCUUAUGGGCUCUGCCUCCUUCCUGACAUCCCAGGCUUCCACACAACGUCAUUCAUUCAUCAAUCCGUUCCUUGAGAAAUCAGCUAUUUAUUAAGCAUUUGCUGUUUGCCAAACUCACAGCCAGAAAGUAGGGCUUGAAACAUGGCUCAUCGUCAUUCCUAUGCAGAAUCAAUAUAGAAACUGGCCUCAAAAGGCAGGUCUCUGCCAACUGGGUGAUUAACUCUCUUGAUAACAGGAAGUCAAGAAUGGCUUAAGGCUGUAAGAGUGGAUAUAGUAGGGUAGAUGUAGAUUUGAGAGAAAGCCCAAGUGGUGGUAGUGGUGGUAGUGGUGGUGAUGGUGGUGGCAAUAUCAUCUGUCCUAGAACUCUAGAAUUCUAGCAUGUUUAACAAUAGCAGGAGGUAUGGCCCAACACUGGUACCUGGGUAAGAGGUUGAACAUUCUCUUCUGUGCAGGGAACAAAAAGCAGCUGAGUAUUGAUGAUGGCAUUGCCUUCUUCAGACAAGAAGAAUGAAAAAGAUUUCUAAGAUAGCCACAGGAGGGACAGCAAGACAAUGGUUGACUAUGAGAUAGAUCAGCAUCUCUGGAGUAAUCUGGAACUAAUGAUAAAGUUUAGGAUUUUGUGUAGUUCGAGUCAUUAUUGGAAGGGUGGAGGGAUGCCUUGGCUGACAGAUGAAAAGGCUCACAUUCAGGAAGACAAGAAUGGGUGUUAGAGACAUGGUGGCCAAUGACUACUCAAGUGAAAUGUGAAGAAUGUAAAGAAAUAUUUUGAAAGAAAGCCACAAUAAGACAAAAUAUGAGUUAGAAGUAUAUUCAUUAGGAAUGUUCAGACAAAUGGAACCAGCUAGGUGUACGUGUCUCUGUGUGUACCUGUGUAUGUCUGUGGUUCUCUCUCUCUCUCUCUCUCUCUCUCUCUCUCUCUCUCUCUGUGUGUGUGUGUGUGUGUGUGUGUGUAUGUGUGUGUGUAAGACAGCGAGGUAUAGAUAGACAGAUGAUAGAUAAAAGUUAGAAUUUUAUUUUAAGGAAUUGGCAUAUAAAUGGUUAUAGAAGCUAAAAUACCCAAAGCCUGCCAUAGCUUGACACUAAAGUCAAGAGAGUUGAUGAUGUGGCUCUCUUCUCUAAGCCUUCAUUUGAACCUCCAAAAGAGCUGAUAUUUACAGUCAAGGAAAGCUUCUAUUCCAUCCUUCCUGCUGACGGAGGACAAGGAAGGACUGGGAGAAAGAACUGAGUCUUUCUGUCCCAUUCAGCCCUUCGCCUGUUUGAAUUUAGCUCAGCCACACUGGGAAGAUGUUCUCCUUCACUCUACUGAUUCAAAUGCCAAUCUCAUCCAGAAAUAGUGUACUGGCUAGUUUUGUGUCAACUUGACACAGCUGGAGUUAUCACAGAGAAAGGAGCUUCAGUUGAGUAAAUGCCUCCAUGGGAUCCAACUGUAAGGCAUUUCCUCAAUUAGUGAUCAAGGGGGAAAGGCCCCUUGUGGGUGGAACCAUCUCUGGGCUGGUAGUCUUGGGUUUUAUAAGAGAGCAGGCUGAGCAAGCCAGGUGAGGCAAGCCAGUACAGAACAUCCCUCCAUGGCCUCUGCAUCAGCUCCUGCUUCCUGACCUGCUUUGAGUUCCAGUCCUGGCUUCCUUGGUGAUGAACAGCAGUAUGGAAGUGUAAGCCGAAUAAUCCCCUUCCUCCCCAACUUGCUUCUUGGUCAUGAUGUUUGUCAGGAAUAGAAACCCUGACUAAGACAAAUUGGUACCAGAAGUGGGGUAUUCCUGUGACAACCUGACCAUGUUUUGGGGAGGUCUGUGGAAGGACUUUGGAACUUUGGUCUUGAAGAUCCAUUCGUUGUUAAGAGCUCUGUGGGAUGUUGUGUAGGAGCUUGGAAGAGAAUGUUGAGAACAGUGCAGAAGAUGGAGGCCUGGCUUGUGAAAUUUCAGAGGGAAAAUUAAAGACUCUUUUCAGGGCCAUUGCUGUUUUGAUUGUGAAGAUUCUGUAGUUCUGGUUAGCUGGAGCUGAAGAAUCAGCUGCGAUUAACAAGAUACCAGAACUACUAAAGCAAAAACUUUGCAUUACUGGGACUAUUGAUGCUGGUUAGCUGGAGCUAAGAAAUUAGCGCUGAUUAAGAAGAGACCAGCAUCAUUGAGGUGACAUCUUCUGGGAAGUGUUUUCUGAGAGCACAGUGGCUGUGUUCCAGAUAUAGCCAAAGUUGUACCUUGUGCUGUGGCUGGACUUGGUAAUGUGUAAGGGUCACCCAGGUGGUACUGGUUUUGAAAGCAUGAAGGAGUUGAGCAGAGCAGCUGAGGCUUGGCACUGUGAGAGGCCAUGGAAGGCCAUUGGUGAAAGUCCAGCCUCAGUUGCAAUUGAAGGCCCAGGACUGAAGGGGUCAUGCAGUGUUUUGGAGAUGCCAGUACCAUGAGAUGACCACCAAGAGCAGCAGCAGCAGCAGUGGGGUACAGGCAUCUGGAGCCUAGAGGAUGAUGCGUGUGCUACAAAGGGCAUGGCUGGAGAAGUGACCCAAGCCCUGGGAGGAGCCCAGAAGAUUGUGAGUUGGAUCCCAGACAUUGGACAGUUGGAGAUUGACUUUUGCUUUUGAUUGUGACUGUGCCCUGAUAUUUUCCCUCUUGAAGGAAGAAACUGUUUUAGUGGAGCCCACAGUUAAGAGACUUUUAAUUGUAAAAAGACUUUGGAUUUUAAAAAAGAUGGAUAUUUUAAAGAGAUUGAAAUUUUAAGAAUAUGUAAAGGCUGUGGGACUUUUAAAGUUAUUUAGAUCUUGGGGAUGAAUAAGAUUGUAAGGGUUGAGGCUUACUAGUGAUGUUUUUGUGUGUCAAGUUGACAAGGGGUCAAUUGUACUGGCUAGUUUUGUGUCAACUUGACACAGCUGGAGUUAUCACAGAGAAAGGAGCUUCAGUUGAGAAAAUGCCUCCAUGGGAUCCAACUGUAAGGCAUUUUCUCAAUUAGUGAUCAAGGGGGAAAGGCCCCUUGUGGGUGGAACCAUCUCUGGGCUGGUAGUCUUGGGUUUUAUAAGAGAGCAGGCUGAGCAAGCCAGGUGAGGCAAGCCAGUACAGAACAUCCCUCCAUGGCCUCUGCAUCAGCUCCUGCUUCCUGACCUGCUUGAGUUCCAGUCCUGGCUUCCUUGGUGAUGAACAGCAGUAUGGAAGUGUAAGCCGAAUAAUCCCCUUCCUCCCCAACUUGCUUAUUGGUCAUGAUGUUUGUACAGGAAUAGAAACCCUGACUAAGACAAAUAGCUUCACUGAGAUACCAAUUAAAGUCUACCUAGAUUUCUGUGGCCGUUGGAGUCUACACAUAAUAGUAAGCACCAUGAGGGCCAGGCAGAGAAUAAAGUAGAGAUGCAGAAGCAGUUAAAAACAAAAACAAACAAACAAAAAACAGCAGAAGAAAGGUCUCGCUUGUGGGCAUAACCAUCUUAAGCACUUUUUCCUAGAGAAGUUUUUUAUAUGUCUGUGUGCAAUUGUCUCUGUGGAAUCAGAACAGUGAGAGAGCCCCUAUAGGAGGCUCUGUGGGUGUGUUCACAAGUUAACUGUCUUAUACCAUCAAGUUUGAUGAAAAAGUUAGACAAGACCACUUACAAAAUGGGAGAGAGAGAGAGUAGACACACCUUUUCAGUAGAAAUAGAACCAGAUAAGUGCUGAUUAUGGCCAUAUAGUCUCAGGAUCCUGUCUGUGUGCCCUUGUUAAAUGCAGUCACUCAUAAGGCCAGAAGAGAAGGAUCCACUGAGCCAGGAGAUAGAUGGUGGGGCUUGAUGGAAGAGAUUUCUACAGAUGCUUGCCCAGAGAGUCAGAUGGAGAGCAUCUCAGUGGAGAGCCAGGCCGUGGAAACUCAUCUGGUUCCCUUUCCCUAGGAACAUCCCUGUGCUCCCAGCUUUCUUUGCCCUUAAUCAAUGUUCACAAUCACAUGAUAAUUCUUUCUUAAUCAUAUUUCCAGGUGCCUCUUGAUUUCAUUUUUUCAACAUUUUGUGGCUUCUUUGUGAAUUUCACAUCAUAUGCCUCAAUCCCAUUCAUCUCCCCAUCCCUCCAUACCCACCCUCCAUCCUUGCAACCGCCCGACAAAACAAAACAAAACAAAACAAAUAUAGAAACUAUCUUGAUGUGUCACAGUGCACCAUACCGUCUACCCUUUUGCCCAUACACCUUUACUUGCAAAUGUUCAUUGCAAUGAAUCAUUGGUCUGGUUCAAGGCUUCUGGCUUCUGCACCAAUACUGGAUCCUCCCUAGGACUAUUCUUGGAUUUCCUGUUGUUGCCAUGUGUCAUGGAGAGCCAGCAGCAGGACAGUCCCCUUCACAAGAUCCAGCAGUUCAUUUAUGGGGUAGGUGUUGGGGUGGGCCAACUCAGAGCCCUGGAUCUGGGCCUGAGUGGUAGCUGAGUGGUCAUCCCACCAGUUCUCCUCCUCCUGUGCUGCCAGAGCCAGCUCUCCUACUUUACCCAGGCAAGGGACAGGGACAGCUCUCCUAUCCACUAUAGCUAGAAAAGGUGUGGGGAAUGGCUCUCCCAAGCUCAUGCCGUGAAGGUCAGCUCUCCUUCACUACCCCAGUGAGGUUGAGGGGCAGGGUCAUCUCUGUGUAGCCCUAGGACAUCAACAUGGCCCCAAGCUUCAUCUCAAACUAGGGACAUCUUCAUGGCCUUUGGUGGUAACAUGGGCCAUGAACAUAGACACAGGCCCCCACUACUACAGGGCUAUAGACCCAGGCAUUGCCCUCUGUGGUAGCAUGGGCUAGGACAUCACCAUGGUCUUAUGUGGCAGUGCAAGCCUCUCACAUCACACUGUUGCUCACUCCCUCACAUCUCCAGUUCCACCUCUCUUCCUAGUGCACAAACCCUUCCGCUUCUCUUUCUCUCCCAUCUACCACAGGUUUGUUCAUCGUAGUGGCACCUGCCCACCUACUCCAUGGGACACAGGGAGGCUUUAGGGUGUCUUCUGCCUUCCCACACUGGCUGGCAGGCCUCAUUAUUACUUUUCUUUUGUUUUGUUUUGUUUUGUUUUGUUUUGUUUUGUUUUGUUUUAAAUCUGAAAUUGCAGUCACUAGAAGGAGUCAGCUAGCAUUUACUGAGUGCCUGGCACCAUGUUCUCAACACACUGUUUCCUGCCAGCUGGCCUUUGAGACACACCAACAAAACUGCAAUGUCAAAUCACAUGAGAUCACAAGAAAUACUACCAGACUUGGGUAAUGGUAAAAGGUCCCCAGUCUUCAUUUGUGUUAUGCACUGCAAAGUCACCCACAAAUGAGCACUACUUUUGCUGAGCAGGAGAGCAGACCCUGGGAUACAUGACACUGACCAUUGAACAAAGAAGGAAUCUGAAAUUCUGUCAGAUGUUUUCUGGAAGGCAGUAAUAGCUGAUACCAAACCCAGGUCUCCAAACAUUGAUCUAAUGAUAGAUACCCAGUUCUUUCCUUACCUGUUCUCGUGAACAUAGCUCAAGGUAGCUUGGCCUCAGACCUCCUUCCUGUCCUGGCAAAAGUCAGUAGUGUUCAGUCGGAAGUCCCCUGCUCACACUAGAGCCAACUGGGUUUUCUGCCUCUUAGAGACUUCCUUCAUCCAAGAACUUAUGAAAUUGUCAAUGGGACAGGCAUUCUUUGCAGCCUGAGCUGUCCUUUAAGCUGGGAAAUCACAAGCUGGCAGGGCUAGAGGUUCUAUUCUCAAGUAUGCUCAUUCUGAGCUCUUACCUUCCCCUGGCAACCUUUUAUUAAAAAUAAAUAAAUAAACAUUAAUACUUUGACGAUCUCUGGUUUGAAACAACAUGUGUAACCUCUGGACAUUUCAAUUUCCAAUCUGUACAAGUAAGAUAAUGUCCUGAAGAUAAGAUGCAAUCAUCAAUUAGCAAAUGUGCCUUAAAAUCAAAGGAGCUGCAGCCGGGAGCAGUUUUCACAACCCAAGCUAUGGGUGACUCUAAGCAGCAGGACCAUCAGGGAAAGAAGAAAGAUGAACUUCCCAGCUUCGCAUUAAGCAGCUGAGGCUAGAAGUUGGAAGGUUCACAAUGCACAAGGAACUUCAGUCCUCACUGCGUUCAUGAGGCUGAGCUCUGUGAAUCCAUUAGUCAGUGUGCCCUAGCACAAAAGUUUCUACGAAGGCUCAGUAGGGACAUCCCACAGAAGGGUGAUUCUGAUUCGCUGUAUGAAGAUUUUGUGGGCUAGAAAAAGCAGAAGGUAGAGUGCUUGCUUGGCAUGCACAAAGCCAUAGGUUUAGCCCUUGCACCAUCAAGAAGCAGACACUGACAUCUCAAGGUACCGUCCAUUCAUAUGUCAAGACCAAACCUGCGAGGCAGGCACAUGAGUACAAGUUCUUACAGCACUACAUGCUGGGCCUUGGCCCGUUUUUCUGUCUUUGUGUCACCAAGAAGGUGACAACUAGAAGUGCCUGGCAGCAGUUGUAGAAAGUGCUUGUAGAUCCUUGGUGAGAGGGCAUUGGACCAGAACAAUGCUUUGUGAUUUCUUAUUAUAUUUAAUGGAAAAUUGAAGCACUUGGAUAUUUCCAAAGUGUAAUUUGUUCUGAUGGGUAGGCCGACAGUGGAUUGGGCUGCUUCACCAGGGAAGAGGCAAAAAAUAAAUUAAACAAAUUAAUGACUGUGACGCAUUCCAGGGGAAAGAAAAUGCAGUUGAUAAUCCACCCCCACUCUGGUCCCAAACAAAAAUCAUCAUUUUUAUUGCAGUCACAUUUCCUUGGGCUGCUGCUUCUUGUGAGUAUUUUUAAAGAAAACUUCCCCUCCAGUCGUUUUCUUUAGCCCAAUAAGCACAGUUGCUAAUUUUCUCUCAUUUGGAGAUUUCCCCCCUGGAACCAUAUGCCAUUAAAAUGCUUAGACAUGUGGAAAUGGGCUGAUGAAGAUAUGAGGAGACAGGGAGUCUCAGAUGAGGAGAGGCUUUGUCAGAUGGAUGACUCUGACAUCAGAUUCCCUAACUGAAAGAGAAAGAUCCUGCCACCUAUGGAAGGGGGAAGGAGGGAGGGAAUUGUAGUCAAUCUCUGGGAUGGUCUAUCAAUGAACUCGAGAGAGGGAUGGAGCCUUGUGUCCCCAUGCCCCGUUCCAUACCUUGUUUUUAGCAGGUGCGUAUGGAUCAAGUGAGCAAAUGAAUGAGUGGUGAACAAGAUGGACAAGUGACUAGAGCAGAAUGUAGAGAAGAAUAUGACAUGGGUGUGGGGAUGCUUACACACUGGGGCUAUACUUAGCCCCUGGAAACAGAGGUCAAGCCUCAGUGUGCAGCAGCUGGCCUUUGGCAUGAAUUUCUGGUGGCAGUAUGGUCUCAGCGUUCCUUGGCCCUUUCUUCAUAAGGAUUUCCCAUUUGCAUUUAUGUGUGCAGCUACUCAGUUCAUACUUCCAUAGCAAUCCUCAAAAUAUUUGAGAAUGAUAUUUCCGUAGCUCCUACUAAUGAGAACAUAUUGUAGCCCUCAGCACUGAAGCCCAGCACCGUAGUUCAGAAGAGCAGACCUGAUGGAUCCUCUCAGGAGAGCAAAGCAUCCUGGGAGUACAUAUCACCUUUGUCUUUACCCCUUGUUAAAGUACCUAACUCAGGGUUAUAGGUUAAAUCAAGUUCCUUACUUUAGUCACUGGGCAGAACAGUCACUCAAUACACUCAGCCCUCCUUAUCUUUGUGUUCUACGUCCAGCCAUGGCUCUAAUCAUCCAAUCAUGACCAGAAAAUGUUUCCAAGGAAACAAUUCUAUCUGUCAUGGAUAUGUAUGGAUGUUUUCCUCUUGGUCAUUAUCCUAUAAACAGUAUAAUGUAGUGAUUUCACUAGGAUUUAGAUUGUCUUAGGUAUUAUCAGUAACCUUAAUCAUGAUUCUAAGUGUGCAUGAGCGUGUUUGUAAGCUCUAAAUGAACACUCACAUGUCAUAUGAGAUGUAAGCAUUGUGGGAGUCCUAGAGCCAAUCUGCUGUAGGUUCCUAAGAGCUGCUGAUGUACAGACUAGGGAAUGAAUGGUGUAAAGAAGAAAUGAUUGAAAGUGAGGUGAACUUAAAUGUGUCAGAAAUGCUAUUGUGCCCCGAUAUUAUCCUACCCAAACUAUGGGGUGACUUGCCUUCUCGCUAAGGACCAGAUGAGUCUCUCUGAGGACUUCCCUGUACUGAAGAGGGAGGUCCAGUGUAGACACUGAUUCUGUAGGCAUCCAGGGCACUUCCUCCAUAGCGUUCUCUGAUUCUGCAAAGUCAAUCUGUUAAUGCUCUCCAGCCUCCUUCUCUUUGUUCGGGAGCCCAGUGUAUUAAUUAAAAACUGCAGGCAGCUGUAAGUAUCUCCAGAACAAGGAUUAAGCCAGCUUUCUGUCAAUUGCUUUCAAAGCCAUUGCUAUUUGCUAGAGCAAUGCUUUCUUUAGGGGUUAAAGCAACUUGCUUUUCACUCUUCUAUCUCCUCCAUUACCACAUCGCCCUGCUGGCCCCUUCCCCUGAUUUGUGCCUUAAGUCAACUGCAAAAGGAAGAUCCUGUGCCAAAGCCAUAGAAGUCCCCUUCAGAUACGUGUCCCCUUCAGUCAUACAUGUCCUCAAGCAGAGCCAAUACAGGAGAGGCCCAGACCCCAGUAAUUUCGCCAAGCUCUCAGCCUCAGCUGUGUUAAACUAUCAGUCAGUACUUAGGUGUACCAGUGGCACAAGGAAGAAGGAGGCAGAGUUUUACUCUACAGAAACCAUUUUUGUUAGUUCUUGGUUUCGCUUUGGUGGCCUAAGAGCUGCUCCCUCUGUUAUAGUAAGUGAGCACUCUGGGAGAGGAAGGUAUGCCUUUGAUGACAACAGUGGACAGAACAUAGGUAGUCCUGCAGAUGCCAGAACAUCUACAGCAGUGAAGCGUGCCGUGGUCGACCCUCAAUAUAUGAUGAAUGUUAAGGCAAACUACCUGCCAGGUUCUACUAGAGGACCUUUAAGGCUCUGCCUGGGCUGGAAGACAACACUGUCAAUCAAGCCAUGCUGUGUUUAAGGCUCGCAAACUGGAUCGUGGACAAGCAGGGCUGUCCACCCUAUGUCAUUCCCAGCCCAUAUAUAAGCUGGAGGAGGACAUGGGGUGGGAGGCAGCCAUCUACAAAGGCAGAGCGUAAUUAAACAUCUCAGAGCCCCCAGACAAUUUGUAAUUUACAGAUCUCUCAUGUUAUCAGCAAUGAAUAUUAAGUAAAUCAAUAAAUUCUCCACUGAAGUGAUAAAUAAUCAACAAUAAUAGCACGAAAUCAGUCUGAACUCAACUCUAAUGUGACUAUAAAAUAAAAAUGUCAACUCCAAACCAGGCUUUACUUAUUUAUUCAUUUUUGAGGCCAAAUGGGAACUGCAUUGAAUUUCUCUCCAUUGGUGACCAUGGGCCAUUACUCACUCCAUGGCCUUUCAUGCUUACACUGAUGUCCACGACACCCCACAGCACCCUCAUUUGGAAGCCCAUGGAACGAAAUGGAUAUGAAAUAUCCAUAUCCGCAGCCCUGUGUGCACACUCAUGCACACAAUCCCUCAAUGGGGUGGGCAUGUGUCUUGUUGCUGUGCAGCUCAGCAGAAUAUGCAGUGAAAACAGCUCCAGCAAAGGAGAGGGAAGGGAAGAGAUCUAAAUCAGGAUAGCAUAAAUAAGCCUGUGGCAGGCGGAGGAACCCAAACAUCUAAUAACACCAGGGGAAAGUCACUGCAGAAUUUAUAUAAAAACAGUAUAUCAGAAAAGCCAUUUGAGAGACCUUGAAGAGGCAGGACUAUCACACACACACACACACACACACACACACACACUUGUUUACUACUCUGUGGUUUGAAUGUGUAAGAAUUGUUCUUUUGUGAAGAACUGGAGGUCAAUUUGAUUAUUUGCUGGCACCAAUCAGCCCCUUUUAUCUCACCAUUGUAGUUGUGCACUCUGUCCAUUCUCUCUCUCUCUCUCUCUCUCUCUCUGUGUGUGUGUGUGUGUGUGUGUGUGUGUGAAUUAUAUCUGACCUACGCUUGUAAUUGUCCAUUAAUAGUUUCAUUGUGACCAGUUUACACUUGCAUCUUUCGUCUUCUUUCCUAGACUUUAUUGCCAUCAUAUUUCAGUCAUAAACACAGGGUGGAGGAAACAACUCAGUCAGUAAAAUGCUUUAUGCUCCAGCCUGAGGGCUUAAGUUCGAUUCUCAGCACUUACAUUAAAGCUUGGGGUAAUGGGGUGGCAGUGUAUUUCUCUGGCCCCAGUUCUGGGGAGGCAGUAAAAGGGAGAUCCCUGGCGCUCGAUAGCCAGGGAGUCUAGCCGAAACAGUAAGCUCGAGGUCCAGUAAGAGUCUCUCUCAAUAUAUAAGGUGGAAACUGACAGAGAAAGACAGCCAGUGUUAACCUUGGGUGUCCACAGCAUGCAGAGUUGCACACACAGAAAUAUAUGCACCCUUAUAAACACAGAGAGGGGGAAAUAAGUCAUAAACAAACCCCUCAAUUUAUUUUAAAUCCCUAUAUUUCUUUUACUCCCCCUGAGCCUCUGCCAGGAUAUAUAAGAUACGUAAGCAUGGAUUUGCUGUAGCUACUUUCUGUUCGUGGUUGGCCUAGUUUGAAGCAUAAUUUCUACCCUUUCUUCCCUUUCUUUGGUCAACAGCUUCUUUCUUCUGGGUAAGCUCAUUCUUCAAGACUGCAGUAGCAUGGUAAGAAUUUCCAGGGAACUUCAUCCAGUCCCCAUGGCUCAGUGCAGGAGAGGCUGAACCAGAAGAUGUAUGACCAGGAAGUUUGCUUCUUCUACUGGUUGCACUGAGCAGGGUCCCAUCUGCUGAUGACUGGGCAGCUGUUUCAGACAGAAUGCCUGACCCUAGAAGGCAGUUAGCCAUUCUGUAAGGAGGGGGAUACAAGCACAAGUUUCACACUGGGGCCUCACCCUAGUGUUCUCACCUGGCAACUCCUGUUCUACUACUGUCUUGUCUCAUUCCUGAAGAGACCUACUUCCAACUUCCAGCAGCAUCUGGCUCCACAGCUUCUGAGAGGCUCGUCAAUCACACCACUCAGUAAGACAUCGUGUUGUGGCUACUGUGUGUCCUUCAGUGAGCCAGAUGCUACAGGCAAUAAACUGGAAAAUGUAAAGCAUGCUUUCGGCCCCUCUGCAGCUUAUGUUCUCAUUAGAGGGAAUUCAGAAAUAUGAAAAUCCAUGACUGAACACCCAGCACAUCCCUCUAUAUGCCCAUCUUUGUUUUCAGUAUCCACUCUCUUUUGUUUUGACUGAAAGCAAAGGGUAUGCAUGAUUCCUCUCCUCCAUGAUGAUCCUUGCCAUGGCGUUUCAUAUCUGUGGUAGGUAGUCAGCUAGCUGCUCCCAGAGAGAUGCUAACAUUUGGAUCUUGAAUGUCCCUCAAAUAGCCACGUGUUAAAGGGUCAGUCUCCAAGGUAGUUCUAUUGGCAUGUGAUAGAAUCUUUGAACAGGAGGUCUUAGGAAAGGGUCAUUGGAAGCAGACCUUUGACAGGGGUUAUGUACCUCAGAGCUCCUUCCCCAGUCACUGUUUGUAUUUCUGGAGGAUGUGGUAGGCAGUUUUGCUCUGCCAUUCGUCCCUGCUAUACUACCCAGCACCCUCCUCAGAGGCUUAAAGGCAAUGCAUCCACCCAACCAGAGAAUGGAACUUCUAAAGCAUGAACCAAUAUAAACCUUUCCUCUUCAUGAGUUGCUUAUUAUGGAUAUUUUGUUACAAUGCUAGAAAACUGACUAAUACAGGACUAAGAGAACUUUACCAAUUUAAUUUGAUUCAAAAUUUGUGAAUAUUUCUCAGUGUUACCAACACGAAGAAACUUUAUUUCUGAACUAAGUAUGCAUCUUUGAAUUUUCCUCUACUUGAGAAAAGUCUCCGGCCUCCUGGACCAUGAAUCUUUUCUCUAGCAGGUCUAAUAUUGGCAAUUUUCCCUCCUUUGGACGGUGUAUCUUUGUUCCUAGGGAGGCCUGACUUUCAUUCUCUUUUGUCACCUUUUAGGUAAAGAAGUCUGAGUUUUGAAUACAAAUGAGAUUUGAUAGAACAUACUAGCAUGCUAGAAUUUCUAAGAUAAGAAUGCAGACAAGACUCAUGGUUUCCCAUCCAAUCUUCAUUCUGUGAGUUGAGAUGGGGAAGAGAGAGGGAGAGAAAGAGAUGUAGUUCCCCAACCAACCAACCUUCUGUGAGGUAAGAUGUUAAGGAAGAAGAAAAAGGGAGGGGGGAGGAAAGAAUGGAGGGAAUAAGAGAGAAGGGAGGGGAGGAGGGAGGGAAGAAAGGGAAGAAAGAGGGACUGAGGGGGGAAGACAGAGAGAGAGAGAGUGUGUGGCAUAGUGGCACGGAGCAAGACUGGUUGGCCAAAGUGUCCCCAGCUGUGCCUCACAGAAGGCUGUAUCUUCUAUGUGUAGGAGGAACAUGAAAAUGUCUUAAAAUAUGCCAAGCGUGAGUGAGUAAGGGCCUGAAAGCAGAAACAAGAAUGAGUGGUGAGAAGAUCAUAGUGGGGAAGCAAGGCUUGCCUGAGCUGGACCAUUUAUGAGUCAUGAAAUUGGGUGACUAAACUCAGAUUCCAAAAGGCCUUGGCCACCAAACAAUGUAAACAAUGGAGAUCAGAGCAGUGUGGUCCUUAUGGACAUCAGACACCCUUUGAUGUUUUAAAGCUGAGACAUAAUUCAAUGCUCAGGUUGAGAGUUGUGGCCAGAUGCCUUACAUUUCUCUUGGGCCCGUUGCCUGAUCUAUCUUGGACUCCAAACACACUGGCAUGCAGAUUUUCUUGGAUUCUUUAUUUUGCUUUGAAUGUACACAGUGGAGAACUCGAUGUGAGCUUGGCUGGUUGCUCUAAAGGAAAGGGCUGUGUUGUGUAUGCAUCUGUUGAUGCAACUGGUACCCAGACCAUCUGUGGGUGGUUCCUGCCAUUCUUAGCAACCUUCCUCUCUUGGAGAAUGAAGGGUGCUACGUUGAGUCACUUGGUGGCCACCGAAUUUUAUUUUUGGAAUGUGUCCUAGAUAUAGCAGGCGUCCCACUCACCAUGCAGAAGAAAAUGCCCUUUGAGAAGAGGAUCCCUAUUUGCCUGACAACAGCACUCUGGUACAGCAAUCUCUCUCUUUUGUCAGAGGUUGAAUGGAGAGAUGCUCAGCCUUUGAUAUCUGCUAGCUGGAGCCCAGGGAGAACCUAAGCACCAUGGGGUGCUCCCAGCCUGACUUGCACUUAUCUGUCACUCCAUGAGAAGCACAUCACCAUUUCAGUGUUCCAGAAGAAUCAGAAUAUCAACAUUUAAGAGCUACAAGGAACAUUAUCCCCUUGACAGCAGUUCCAGUAAAGGGUCAUUCUGCUGAUUCUUUCUAGCUUCCUCUUCAGAAAACUCACCACCCCACAAAGAAUUAUAAUUCAUGGUGCCCAGAUAACUCAUCAUGCUGGUGGAAACACUGAACUAUGUAUCUAGAGCUAACCAAAAAUAACUAUGGGGCCAACUGAUCCAUCUCUAGGAACUUGUUUAAAGGAAUAAAUGAAUGAAUGAGUAUGGAUGGAUAAAUUUAGGGUAUUCAUUUCUCUGUGUGUGCACUAGUAGAGGAUCCUGUUUGGAAACCUGUUUGUGAAUGCUAAAUAUCAAUAUAGAGAGCAAAGAAUAGCUAACAAUUUUAGCCCUUGCUGUGUGCCAGGCACAUUCCUGAAAAUCUUCCAUGUAUUAUUUUCAUUGAUCCUUGACUCAGUCCUGGCUGCUUGGUGGAGCAUGUACAUGUGUGCUAGGUGCACUCAGGAGUGAGCACUUCGAGAUUUUGAUAAGCAGCUGGAGGUGCCUCCCUUCUGACACCUCUUCCAGGAAGGCUCCUGAAUUCUUUUUUUCUUUUUUUCUCCCUCGGUGCUGUUAAACUAACAUGUUGGCCCAGGCCAGUCACCUUUCAGAGCAGGUGGGAGUUUUGGGGACUUUGGGGAGAAGCACAAAGAAAGCCUGGAGGGAGGAAACUGAAUCUCGCUGGUUUGUCAUAAGUGUCUUUCUAGCAAAUGCAUUUUCCUGCGUAGUUGUUUCCCAUGUCUUGGGAAACCUAAGUCCUUCAGAGCUAUCUUCUUCUCUCAGUCCUAGAGUAGGGAUAGCCCAUUAUUUAGAGUGCUGUAUGGUGAGCCAGGAUCGCUACAGCAUUCUACUUUUUUUCUAACUUUCGGACUAGUGCUCAACUUUCCUGGACCCUCUCUGUGCCUGGGACAGGACUGAGAACUCUUCUCAGUUGCACUAAUCUCCCUCCAUAAAGGAGGAUGGGUUCAUACAGCAAGAGAGCUUUUACUUUGUUCUGAUCUUGAAACUUGACCAUUUUUUUUUACUAUCAAGCCCAAUUUCAAUAAUAUAGAAUUGGUUUCUUAUUAAAUCAUAGGAAAAAGAUAUCAAGCGUGGUAGGUAUUGUACUUUAAGUUGAUUACAAAAAGCAUUUAUUGAGGUUUAACCACUAGGAAGUGGAUAGAAAAUCAAUUACACGGUAGUUAAGCAUCCAAUAAUAUGUGUUUUAAUGAACAAUUCAUACUUAACACCUCUUAUGAAAUAAUGAGCUGUGUUGGAGUUUGGGGACAACCAAGCAACACUUGGGAUAUCUGGGCUGACUCUCAAGGGACCCUGGACCAUGUUUGAUCAAAUAGCAUCUCAGAGCUUUGGACCAAUGAUAUAUGAGGGCUGGUUCACUGUCUGUGCUAGCCUCACGCCUCAGCACUUACUACAUAAAUAGACAUACAACUUCUUGGAGUUUCCCCAUGGAGACUGAAAAAAAAUGUGCAGAGGUCAGACUGGCCUGACGAGUGACCAGGGUAGGAUUCCUAGGUUGAGUGGUACUGUGCUCUGAAACAUCAGCAUUCCAGGUUUCCUGGGUGCAUAAAAACAGUGUAACUCUUCUCAGCCUGUAACAGCUGCUGAGACCCACCCUCCACUGAUGGCCACAGUGUCUCCCACAUGAAGUGUCAGAGUCAGAUCCAGGACUCUCAGACUGGAAGCUGUGUGUGUGCCAGUUGUAUGUACACAUAUAACUCAGCUCAUUACAAUCCAGGCUUCUCCUUUAAGACUACUCUGACAAAGCAGAUGUGAUUUUUAGAUCAGAAGGAGCUGGAGAGUUUCAGAAUUUGUCAAGACAUUCACAUUUCCAGCUAUAUUGAGAAUUGGUCUGGAAUUCUCUGACUCUACUUCCAUUCCAGAGUCUAUAGUAAGUGGUAUUAGGCAUAAAGGAGUCUGCUGGUUUUGUUGUCAUUAUUGUGUGUGUUUGAGGUACGUAUGUAUUCAUGUAGGACAUGUGUUUGUGUGUGCUCUUGUGCUUGUGAAAAUCAGGUGUUCAUUCAGUAUCCUCCUCAAACAUUCUCUAUUUUAUCUUUUGAGAAAGCUCUACUGAUUGGCUAGACCUGCUGGCCAGAGAUCUCUAGAGAUCUGCUGUCUAUCUCCAGCCCAGUCCCAGGACCAGCACUACAGAUGUGUGCUGCCAUGCCGGCCUUUUUACAUGGGUGCUAGAGAUCCAUGUGCUUAAACUGCAAGCACUUUACUCCGUGAGCAAUCUCCUAGCCCCUACUAGUUCACAGUUUGUUCCUCUCAAGAGUCCUUGAGUUUAACCAAUUCACAGUUAUUUGGCAGAGUUAUAGGAGAGGUGAAGGAGAGCACAAAAGUGGAAGACAAGAAGAAAAUAGCUGUGUUGAGAUGACCAUCAAACAUGAGAACCAGCAAGCACAGGGAAUACAAAAUGCCCAUUUCAAAGGGAAAGGGAGCCCCGUGGGGAAGGUUGGCCACAAGUGGGAGAAGCUGAGUGGGAGAGGGACUUGAGGCGUGAAUGAGCUAUUGAUUUAGAAACACAGGCUUUGGCUGGCAUGAAAACCAUGGAUCUUGAAACCAAGCUGUAGUGUGUCUGAGAAUUGGCAGAUGGGAUUAGACUCUAGUGCCUGGCAGACUGCUUUCUGGUUCUUUUUACCAUUUGCUAGCAAUAUGGCUAGGAGGUCAUUUAACUGCUCUCUCUGUACCUGGAGGUUUGGUACACAAGUUGCUAUAUCAACUACUUAGCAACCCACUCCCUUAUUCUAGUUAACAGGAAAUAUUGAUUGACUGAUGUGUGUGUGUGUGUGUGUGUGUGUGUGUGUGUGUGUGUGUGUGUGUGUGAUGGCAUUCACCUAACAUGGUCAAGUUGUGAUGAUGAAUUGGAAAGACCUCAUGUAGAACAUUCCAUGUAUUGGCUGAUAUAUAAUCAGUAUAAAAUUAAUACCAGCAGUUAUUAUUAUUACCUUUAUUAUUAUAAUAUCCAGGCACCUGAUUCCUGUAGCCAUUUAAUCUUAUUAUCUAUGCCCUUGCUGUCAGAGAUAUUGAGACAUAUUUCAUGACCUCUUAUCACACUGGCUGACAUAAAACAUGUUCUCAAGGUAUGUCAAGUAAAUUAAUCAUAGUUAAUUCAUAGGUUUCUAGUAUAGGAAAAAAUGCUCAUUAAGAGUCUUACUAUAGCUGUAGAUGAUGUGAACACAACCCAUUAACUCUUUUAUGAUCAUGUAUAGAUAAGGUAAUAUGAAAUUUUAUUAAUGAAGAAACUGAGGCCCAGAAAGGUUAGGUACUUUGGGCAAGAAGAUCCAGCCCAUGAAUUCUAAACAGAUUGGUUGCCCAGGUCUGGAAACUCCCAGUUUGGUGAUAGGUUGUCUCAACCAAGUCUUCCCUUCCAGUGAACAAAGGUGGCUAGAGAGCUUCAAAGCCUCAGUGUACCCACUCAUUUUGCAGUCAUUCAUGAGAAAGAUUUACAAUUUGAGUCCUGACAUCUAUGCUUGAAGUUGUUAUCAUCAUGGGGUUAAAAUACCUAUUCUAGAAAUCUACAUUUGAGCUUGGAAACCUUCAGCAAUUAUUACGGUUUGUGACUAUCUGAAUUUUCCAGCAAUCACCUUCGAAAGGGGAGUAAUUAAUGACACAGGCUGUAGAAAUAACUUGUGGCAGUGGCAGACAGAACUCAGACAAUGGCCAUGUAUUGAGGAAGGACAAUGGUGGCUCUGGUUAAACGGUAGAUCCCUGCUGACUAUGGGUUCUGUAAUAGGUUGGCCAAAGGGAAUGGUGUCUCUGUAAUAGGUUGGUAAAAAAAAGUGUGUGUGUGUGUGUGUGUGUGUGUGUAAGCAACAGUAUGAAGUAACAGUGGGAAAGGGACAAAACACAACUGUGAAGUAAGGAAGAUGUCUGGAGACCUGCAUCCUGACCCAUCAAGGCCUCCAUUCAGCAGCUUUUACUAGAGAGGGCUUGACUCAUGUUGUAUAUUUAAUAAAUGGAUAAAUAAAUCAAUGAAGGAAUAACUAAAGGGAUCCUAACAGGCCACAAGUGAUGAAUAUAGCCAUGCCAUUGCAGCUAUCAAUAUCAACAAAGUGAUAACAAAGCAAUUCUUGACGCACCAACGGAGACUUAGAAUGCAGUGUAUGCUAAUCAACAUGCUGGUAUUGUCACAUCAAGAUGGUGGCCCACCUGGGAUGUUUCCCCCUGUCUUUAUCAUCCAUCCCAAUGAAACCUGAAGGCUUAAGCACAGAAACCUGUGUGAAAGAGAGAAUGUCGCUUGGGACUAAGAGGCAAUUAGGGUAGAGGUGGGUUAGCAGCAUCUCCUGAAAGCACCAGGGAAACCUAAAGUCUGUUUGCUCACAGCCCAGAGGGACAUCUUUAAAGAUUUGCUAAAUUGCAAGGGCAGAUUAAAAUGGUACUGAGCUGCUCCAGGCCAUAUUCUUCUUCUCGGGAUCUUGUGGAGACUGUGGGAGGAAGAAUGACAUUUUUGAAAGGCAGUGACUGGAAAGACAGUGAGAAAAGAAGCUUCUAGACCAUUCUCAGUCUGGUAGGUGGUGGUACUUCCUACUCAUCUAUGACAGAGCCAUCGGGAGAUCACUUGUUGUGAUAGGAAUCUGAGCAUCCAGCCACCAAUGCCAGGACACCUGAGAAGGAUACUGGUGGAUUUGCCACUGCAAGCAUCACAGUGGACGGCAGAGGUUUGAGGAUGAAGUUUGGGGCAAGAAUAUAGGCUGAAAAUCUAUGCCCACGUCAAAGCAGUUUUGUCACUGCCGAAGCAAACCCAAAGCGAAGCAUAAUGGAGAACUCAAGGCAGACAGAGUCUGUCAGUGAGAUUUAAUUUGUUUCAGAACCAAGAGAGUUUCGGGGGCUGUGGCUCUUGAUUGGAGUGGACAGCAGAGAGGUAGGUGCAUAUGGCACAGGAGCGAUUCAUUCCAGAUAGGACUAGAGUAAACCAAUCCAAUAAAUCUCUUCAUUAGGGUCUUGAAUAAAAGGCAAGUGGAAAGAGGGCAGAACACAGCCUGCAGAUUAAAUUUGGUCAGAGCCAAUAUCUGACGAUCCCCCAUGCUGUUAUCCAAAUGAAAGCUAAUGCAACUAUGAAUUAGCAGCCCCAGGAGCCAUGGAAGAGGGAAUUCAAUUCACUAAACUGAGCUCUAGCCUAGACUGAGAGAGGAGCUGAGGGAGGCUGCUGUGACUCUCCAAGUAAGCAGGUACUGGGAAGUAUGCAGGUAUUGGGCAAGAGCUACGGGAUGCAGAGCCCUGUGUGGAUCUCAGCUCACAUCUCAGGGCUUGGGCUGCAUGCCUUGUCAGGAGUUGGUAACUGGGAUGGAAAAGCAGUCCUUUAGUAACUAAGGGCCUGGGAAGCCCAUAGAGUCUCAGUAGCCAAGAACCCAUCCAUCCUUAUCUUCUCUGCUCUGUCCAACUAACCUUGAGGAUUGCUUUCAUCACAGUGAACCUGGGAUAAAGUUCCCAGUCUUGCUCCUAAAAUCUCAUUAAGACCACUCCUCUUGAAUCAAGUAACAUGGAGUCCCAAACAUUGCCAGUAACUACUCCCUUACUUUGUUCUAAUUUAUUCAGAUUGGAUGGUGUUGAAAAUAAGGGGACAUGGGAAGCACAUGUGACUUUCCAUCACUUGUGGAGAUCAUCACUUAAUGUUAUAGCAUAUGCCUGCCCUUGACUCUUGCAUCUGACAUUCUGAGCCCAGUGGCCUUGCAGUCCUGCCCUUUCCCCUGUUCCCCUGUCCAGAUGACAAACUCUGUGAUGGGCUUGAUAUGAAUGCAUUACGAUCCAUUUAUCUCCUCCCUGCUGACUUAUUCUUGCCCUGAGCAUGUCCGUCCUUCACUGACACUCCAUUGUAUGAUGUAAGUAUGCCUGAAUGCUUCUCGUCCGCAAAGUCAACCAUGUCUAAGCUAUUCUCUUUCUACAGUGCAAAGGGGGAUAGUAUUGGAUAUAAGGGUAGAAAGGUAGACACAAGAAGGCUGUGAUUCAUUCCAUCAGCCAGGCAUCCUGAGCAGAGAUGGUCCUUUCUUACAGUCCCCAGUCCAACCCUUACGCCCAACAGAGUUUAACUAUAAGUCAGUUAGUGAGAAAGAAUGAAGGCGAAUGUUUGACCAGGGAAGCUGCUAAAGCCCAGAAGCAUCAGAAAACAGUUCUGAGAACCCACAGAGAGUGGGCCACCAUACCAGUACUGGGUCCUCUCACUCCAGUAAGAAUACUCAUCCCUGAGCUCAGUGCUAGCCUGAGCUCAGGAGCAGAGUCUGGUCCCAGAGACUUGUUCUGCAGUGGGGUGGAAACAUCUGAGUAAGAUCUUUCAAUGCUUCUCUCCCCAGCUCUAGUGCCUCCUUCACAUGACAACUGGAGAUCCUGCCUUCCUUUACUGCCUGCAUGUUAAUGAGUCAAGCCUUGUAGCCAUGAGCUUGGCCUCCAGAAGAGAGGAUGCUGUCUGGUACUGGGCUACAUGGCCAAGGACAAGUUUCGGAGAAUGAAUGAAGGUCAAGUCUACUCCUUCAGCCAGCAACCCCAGGACCAAGUGGUGGUGUCAGGACAGCCAGUGACUCUGCUGUGUGCCAUCCCUGAAUAUGAUGGCUUCGUCCUGUGGAUCAAAGAUGGCUUGGCUCUGGGUGUAGGCAGAGACCUCUCAAGUUACCCCCAGUACCUGGUGGUGGGGAACCACCUCUCAGGAGAGCAUCACCUGAAGAUCCUGAGGGCUGAGCUUCAGGAUGAUGCCGUGUAUGAGUGCCAGGCCAUCCAGGCUGCCAUCCGGUCCCGCCCUGCACGCCUCACCGUCCUGGUGCCACCAGAUGACCCCAUCAUCCUAGGGGGGCCUGUGAUCAGCCUUCGGGCAGGGGACCCCCUCAACCUCACCUGCCACGCAGACAAUGCCAAGCCUGCGGCUUCCAUCAUCUGGCUACGUAAAGGAGAGGUCAUCAAUGGAGCCACCUACUCCAAGACCCUGCUUCGAGACGGCAAACGAGAAAGCAUUGUCAGCACCCUCUUCAUCUCCCCAGGAGACGUGGAAAAUGGACAGAGUAUUGUGUGCCGAGCCACCAACAAAGCCAUCCCCGGAGGAAAAGAGACCUCUGUCACCAUAGACAUCCAGCAUCCACCGCUUGUCAACUUGUCCGUGGAACCACAGCCGGUAUUGGAGGACAACAUCGUCACGUUCCACUGCUCUGCAAAGGCCAACCCAGCUGUCACCCAGUACAGGUGGGCCAAACGGGGUCACAUCAUCAAGGAGGCAUCUGGGGAGCUGUAUAGGACCACGGUGGACUACACAUACUUCUCAGAGCCUGUAUCCUGUGAAGUAACCAAUGCCCUGGGCAGCACCAACCUCAGCCGCACAGUGGAUGUAUACUUCGGUCCUCGAAUGACCUCAGAGCCUCAGUCACUGCUGGUAGAUCUGGGCUCCGAUGCUGUCUUCAGCUGUGCGUGGAUCGGCAACCCGUCUCUGACCAUCGUGUGGAUGAAACGAGGUUCUGGUGUGGUCCUGAGCAAUGAAAAGACCCUAACCCUCAAAUCUGUCCGCCAAGAGGAUGCUGGGAAGUACGUGUGCCGGGCUGUGGUGCCCCGGGUAGGAGCUGGGGAGAGAGAGGUGACCUUGACUGUCAAUGGACCCCCCAUCAUCUCCAGCACACAGACCCAGCACGCCCUCCACGGAGAGAAGGGCCAGAUCAAAUGCUUCAUCCGGAGCACACCACCGCCUGACCGAAUUGCCUGGUCCUGGAAGGAGAAUGUGCUGGAGUCAGGGACAUCAGGGCGCUACACAGUGGAGACGGUGAACACGGAGGAGGGAGUCAUCUCCACAUUGACCAUUAGCAACAUUGUGCGUGCUGACUUCCAGACCAUAUACAACUGUACAGCCUGGAACAGCUUUGGCUCUGACACAGAGAUCAUCCGACUCAAGGAACAAGGUUCGGAAAUGAAGUCGGGAGCCGGGCUGGAAGCAGAGUCUGUACCAAUGGCCGUCAUCAUCGGGGUGGCCGUAGGAGCUGGCGUGGCCUUCCUCGUCCUAAUGGCAACCAUUGUGGCCUUCUGCUGUGCCCGUUCCCAGAGAAGUACGGGAGGGAGACCCGGGAUCUCAGGGAGGGGGACAGAGAAAAAGGCCAGGCUUAGACUGCCCAGGAGAGCAAAUCUCAAAGGUGUUGUAUCAGCCAAAAAUGAUAUUCGAGUGGAAAUUGUGCACAAGGAGCCAUCUUCUGGCCGGGAGGCUGAGGACCACACCACCAUAAAGCAGCUGAUGAUGGACCGGGGUGAAUUCCAACAAGACUCGGUGCUGAAACAGCUGGAGGUCCUCAAAGAAGAGGAGAAGGAGUUUCAGAACCUGAAGGACCCCACCAACGGCUACUACAGCGUCAACACCUUCAAAGAACACCAUUCAACUCCAACCAUCUCCCUGUCCAGCUGCCAGCCAGACCUGCGUCCGACAGGCAAACAGCGUGUGCCCACAGGCAUGUCCUUCACCAACAUCUACAGCACCUUGAGCGGCCAGGGCCGCCUCUACGACUAUGGACAGAGGUUUGUGCUGGGCAUGGGCAGCUCUUCCAUUGAGCUUUGUGAGCGGGAGUUUCAGAGGGGCUCCCUCAGCGACAGCAGCUCCUUCCUGGACACGCAGUGUGACAGCAGCGUCAGCAGCAGCGGCAAGCAAGAUGGCUACGUGCAGUUUGACAAGGCCAGCAAGGCUUCUGCCUCCUCUUCCCACCAUUCCCAGUCCUCUUCCCAGAACUCCGACCCCAGCCGACCCCUGCAGCGGCGGAUGCAGACUCACGUCUGAGGACCACGCCCUGUGGUGGGGGAUGGGCCAAGGAGGAGGACAUGGUACAUUCUCGUUCUCCAAGGAUUGGGGCUACUUUGCAGAGGACCCUAGAACUGGCCACCUCCGGGGUGGUCUCCGAGCACCUCUGUAAACACCUUCCUUCAAAGCUCUGAUCAAGCACAAAUCUGGCUCCCAGGUGGGAAAUGGAGAGUAUGCAGCUGAGCGGAUAGUGCUCAGGGCCUCUGUCUCUUGCUCUUCCCUAAAGGUCCCUCAACCACCUUGUCCUCCCAUGGGCACUCGUGGCAGCUAGAACUUUGCUUUUAUGAAACUGCCGUCCACUUUCCUAGCUCCUCUUGCUGCCCAUAAGCCAUCCCUGGUGUCUGUAUUCCUUGCAGCCUUGAGGAACGGAGGACUUUUUCCCAGCACUGAGCUGCUCCGGAGACCCCAGCCUCCCCACUGUGCAUAGCCUAUACCGCAGAGGCUGGGGCCUGAGAAAUGGCCCUGACCAAAGGAGCAUCUGCCUGGGAGUCCGCCCCCACUUUGUUUGGUGUUUGUGUCUGUAUUCUUGCAGUUCUGUUCUUGGACUUGAUACCUCUGCGCUUGGUGGUGGGACUGGCCUAUCAGAGUCUAGUGUCCUCAGAGCUGAGGAAGGGAAAGAGGGAAAAUGUGAACUCCUGGAGAACAACUGGCCCAACACACCCUGUGCCAGGCUGUGCAGUUCAGAGCCCUCACCGUCAUCCUCACCCCCUGCCCCGUGUUCUCCCUUCCUUCCCACAGCACAAUCGAGCUAAUCCGAGGAGUGUGAGAACUCCUCUUGUCAGGGUUUUUUGAACAGUUACUGAAGCGUGCUUCCUGGGAGAUGUGGGUUUGAGGGGGUGCUGAAAUCUAGGCUGGAGGAUGAGACAGACUCUUUCAGCUGAUGACCACAAGGAACAAUGAUCCAUUCUCCAGUAGAUAGGACUCUGUGUGCAAGAGGGACAGUUUUCUUCACCUCUUUCCCAUCACUCCCCACUUAAGAAUAAACGUUAGGGCCAUUACCCCCAACAAACCUGUUCUGUGCUUUUGUUUCUGCACAUGCCACAGGAAGACCUCAAGAGUCCAAGUACAUUGUGGGAGCUCAGACAAUGUUUUUAGUUGAUUGGUUGGAAGGGGGCUUUUUGUUAUUGUUGUGUUAUGUUUUGUUUGCUUUACUUCAGUUCUCCCCAGGGAGGGAAGGUCAUUGUAGGGGCUGGUUGUGGUCAUUAUAGAAUCUACAAGUUAACACUCUGUUUGUGGAUUACAUUAGAGGGGGAAAAAACCAGGUUUCACCAAACACCAACUUUAAUUCUUGACAAAUGUAGCUAAGUCAAUACCAUGACUUUGGACACUGGCCAGAUCCUUCUAGCCUUUACAAGAAGCAGGCCCUCUUGAAAGACUAUAGAUCACCACCAAUACUCAACACUCAAGUAUAGGACUCAAAAAGAAAAAAAGACCCAGAGUAUACUCACUUAGGUAGAAAACUAAACAUCACAAAAAGAAAGAGAGAGAUAAAGAGAAAGGAAAGGAAAAAAGAAAAGAAAAAGAAAAAGGAAGGAAGGAAGGAAGGAAGGAAGGAAGGAAGGAAGGAAGGAAGAAAAGAAAGACACAAGCUUAAUGGGCUGGAGAGAUGACUCAAUGGUUAAGAGCUCUGACUGCUUUCCCAAAGGUCCUGAGUUCAAAUCCCAGCAAACACAUGAUUUGUAACGAGAUCUGACGCCUCUUCUGGUACAUCUGGAGACAGCUACAGUGUACUUAGAUAAAAUAAUAAAUAAAAUAAAUAGAGAGGGAGAGAGAGAGAGAAAGCUAAACAUCAUCAUAGUGGACAGGAUAGAUGAAUUAGUGUUUUAGUACAGGGAGUGGGGUUCAGAUGGAACUCUCAAGAACCCAAAUUGUUCCUAAGGAUGGGAGAACCUCAUCAGCUGGGGGUUCUUACCCACCAUGAGAUUCCUCAUCAUCAAAUUUGUACUUAUCCAUACUCUGUUUCCUUGGGUGAUCUUAACCUUAGAUCGUACACCUAGCCUUUACAGCUACUCCACCCAGAGUAACUUUCUGCUUCAAUUAUAUUUCUUAAUGUUUCAAAACUACCUCUGUUCCCUUGAUAUCAUCCUCUGCUGUCCCCAAGAUGGAAAGAUAAGAAACCCAUCAGAAAUGAAACUUCGUACUCAGACCCUGCGUCCUGCUGCUGGUACCAUUCUGGCUUGUCACAGACUCUGGGAUUGCUGAACCCUACCCUCUCUAGGUUCAUCUCAACAGGAAUUCCCUCUUCUCGUAUGCAUUCAGCCUUUGCCAAUGGGGAGCAAAGACCCAGGACUGCAUGUUAACUGCAUUAAUGUGUCAGGAUAAGGGAGAAAUGACUAAAGAGGAUCGACCCAUUACGUUCCCCUGAUCUUCCACUUGGACAUGGUGGAGUAAGCUACUUCCUAAUCCUAACCACAGUACUCUCCUCUAGACCCUUUUCUCUUCUUCUGCUUCUUCUCCUCCUCCUCUUCUUCCUCUUCCACCUCCUCCUCUUCUUCUCUCUCCCCUUCUCUUCUCUCCUUCUCCCCUCUAAAAUGCACACUUAUAACACAUAUACUGAACUUUUUAAAAUUUAUGAGUACACUGUAGCUGUCUUCAGACACACCAGAAGAGGGCAUCAGAUCCCAUUACAGAUGGUUAUGAGCCACCAUGUGGUUGCUAGGAAUUGAACUCAGGACCUCUGGAAGAGCAAGUAGCCAGUGCUCUUAACCUCUGAGCCAGCUCUCUAGCCCAAUAUAUACUGAAUUUAUAGGGUAGAAGUAUCCAUUAUUUUCUGGAAUCAGGGACUAUGACACAAUAACCAGAACAGGAAAGAAAACUGUCCCCUGGAACAAAAUUAGCCUAUCACCCUCCAGGGCCUUGACAUGUUCCAAGGGGGAAGAAAAAUGUAGACAAUCACAAACUACAAAGAGACAGCACCAAGCUGACCCCAAUCAGACUAGGCUGUGCAAUGACCAACUCUCCCAUGCACAGACACAGCAAGAAUUGCAGAAGAAACAAGUCACCCAGUGUUUGUAAGAAAGUAGAACGUGGACAGGAAAACAUGCUGUGGGCUGGACAAUUUCUGUACUCAAAGCUCCCUCCGCUUUGAGUUUGGGGUGGGGUGGGCUCUGGAACAUUAAGAAGGAGCCCAAAUGUGUUCAUCUCUCAGUUUUCUCCAGCCUUGCUGACUCUCACAAGAAGUGGAGGUAGAAAAACGAUAGUAAAGAGAAGUGGGGGAAGGGAGGGGGAACCCUGUGUUAUGAAAUGAGUGCUCUAUAGUUACAUUAUACUGAAUCUUACAGUUUGAUGAAGCACCUUCCUUUCUUCUUUUUUUAUUUUUUGGUUUUGGCUUGUUUGUACUUGUUCGUUUAUUCUCAAGACAGGGUUUCUCUAUGUAGCCCUGGCUGUCCUGGAAUUUGCUCUGUAGACCAGGAUAGCCUCGAACUCACUGAGAUUCACCUGUCUCUACCUCCCGAGUUCUGGGAGUAAAGGUGUGAGCCACCACCACCCAGCCACAUCCUCACGUGGAAAUGAGGCUUAAAGAAGCCAAAAGAUUUGCUCAAGACCACAGAGAUCAUAAAAGCAACAGUAAGAUUUGGACACACUUAACUGCAGUGUGCGAUGUCUCCACGCUGCAGUACAAGCACAAAGCCACUUUCUCCAGAGUGCUGGUGGAAGCGGCUAACAGUAAUGGCCACGUGCUACUCAAGGGCAGGCUGGACAAGGACAAGCCACAACUCCCUCAAGGAGGCUGGCCUUCAGCCUCCACCUUAAGUCCCUGGAUGACCUGGAAAGACCACAAAUUCCCUGAGAAACAAAGCCAUUCUGUGUAUCACCCCCUACUCAGGCCAGGAUCCAGUUUUCUGAUAUCUGGGACUUCAUUAUUGGCUCACACAGUCACUGGACAAGAGCCCAGUUUCUAAUUCUCAGGCUUGCUAUCAGUCUGCAAAGGCCAGGGUUAUUUCCACCGCCCUUCAACUGCCUCCGAAUAGGAAGUGCUCUCGAAUGAAGAGCUAAGCUGCCACACCAAAUUUGCUUCUGAGAAGCCUGCUGAUACAAGUCAUUAUAAAGCACCCAUUAUAAAGAAACCGCCUUUGAGUUUCAGGAGCGCUAAGGAUUCAAGGAAAUGAAGUAAACAGCCUGAUGCAGACAGACCUGGUGUUGUCCUUGGAUGGUUUCUCAGAACAGAGUGGAGCUAACAGGAAAUUCAUCCCUCACUUCCUGGUUGGGGAGGAAAAUAUGCUGCUAUGGUAUUUGCUAUUAUGAAGCAGGAAGUGAAGCAGAGGGUUCACAUCCAGCAGAUUGAUUAGAACUUCCCAGGAAUGUGUGGUUUGUGUGAUGUGUCCGUCAAGGGGAAAAAAGAGGAAAGGACGUGCUGCCCUUAGACUCCGCUCUACAAACUUUCCCCAUAAGACAAUUUUUUUUCUGAAUUAAAAAAAAUUUAAUUCAAAUAUAAAUUGUUUAAAGGGCCUGUAAGUUUGUCUAUCAGAGGAAAAACAUUUAGGCAUAAACUAAUGAAAAGGCUCUAAAAAUAUCAAAUUUCCUUCCUCUAUACAAAGGUCUUUUGAAAGCACUUUUUUUAAAAUUUGAAAUCCGCCUGCCUCUGCCUCUGCCUCUGCCUCUGCCUCUGCCUCUGCCGAGUGCUGGAAUUAAAGGUGUGUGUCACCACUCCUGACUUUAAAAGCAUCUUAUCUGAAUUGGUUUUAGAAGCUCCAAGUGCACACCAGCAUCGGCCAUUCUAGCAUCAAAACCUGCAGCAAUCUCUGGAAGUCACUGAUAAACAGCUCUCUUUGAAUAAAGAGGGCUCCAGUCCUCUGUUCCCUUUCUCGUGUUUCAGACUUCCUGGCCAAGUCACAAACAGGGAAAGGAGACAAUGUCAAGUUGCCCUUCUUUCUAUAGCUACGGAUUGCCUUCCUGGUGAGGGGGUGUUUGAUGCUGGAUCCCCAAUUCUCUCCCUCCAUCAUUGUGGCUCUUCCUUGAGCCACCUCCCCUUGUGUCUGAUCUGGGUCUUGAACAUGCACUGAAAGUUUUCAUCACGAGCCCUGCUGUUUUAAUCCUUCUGCAGCUUUUCCUGAAAGGCCUUUUGUGAAGGAUGAGGGUACAUUAACUCAGGGGCAAGGUGCUUGCCUAGCUUGUGCAAAGCCCUGGGUCUGAUCCUCAAAACUUCAAAACAAACAAUAAAAUAAAUCACCUUUUGUGAACAUACAUCAUUCACAGGAUACAUUUUGGAUUUUAUAUACACAUUAGGUGCCCCUUACUCCAUGGGGAAUUAGAUGUCAUGCUUGGCUUGUGGUUCCCACUGAGCUAGCCAGUCCUGGCUGUAUGAGUUGCUUCUGACAGGAUCUGCCUGCCACUCCAGGUUCCCAGUGCUCUUCUUCAGGACAGUCAAGCCACCCACAGGGAAGGGGCAUCCUGAUCAAGAUGGUCACUUGACCUCCCUGAUUGGGGAAUACCAAACAAACACAAGUCUCUCUUUCUGCUGUUCCUUAACCUUAUGACCCUUGGCAAUAUAUUGGAAUAUACCAAG